AUGGGGCAGCUCCACACUGGUAACAUGAAAGGAACAGAGGUGGCAGAAUUACAGGAUAUGUACAAAAAGUUUGUUCUAGAAUGCCCCAGCGGAGGUCUCCAUUUGCAUGAAUUUAAGCAGUUUUUUGGCAUUACCAGCCAGAGUGAAGCAUCUGAAUAUGCUGAGAAUGCAUUUAAAUCCUUUGACACGAAUGGGGUGAGUAUAAUUUUCAAAAACACUUGUAGAUAACUUCUGUGUACAUCCAUCUAAUUCAGGUUGGAAUUAUCCUAGAAGCACCCAGCAAAAAUUAUGAUUGUUCUGCCAUUUCUGUUUGGAUAAUUUUAAAAAUAUUGAUGUUUUCAAGUGAUUGCUUUUCUAUUAAUGUUUCAGGAUAACAUGAUAGACUUUUUGGAAUACGUAGCAAUUUUAAACCUAGUACUCAGAGGGAAACUUGAGCACAAACUGAAGUGGUCAUUUAAAGUGUACGACACCAACAGGAAUGGCUUUCUUGAUAAGGCUGAACUAAGGAAAAUGGUGAAGGUAAGAAGUCCUUCUAGAGGAAGAGGGCCCCCCAGCAAUGACUUGGCAGGAUUACGCCAAACCAUGAGAAUGGUUGAACCUCUUUACCAUGAAUUAUUGUUUAUUUCACUGCAUCUAUAUCCCACCUAUUCUCCAAGGAGCUCAAGGUGGUGCUCAUGAUUCUCCCCGUCUUCACACAAUCCCAACAACCCUGCGAAGUAGGUUAGGCUGAGAGGUGGCGUCUGGAGGAAGGCCAUCCAGUGAGCUUCAUGGCUGAGUGGCGAUUUGAACUCUGGUCUCCCAGGUCCAACAACCUAACCACUACACUGACUUUUAGCUGAAUCUAAAAGACUACUAAAAGAAAUGUAAGCUGAAUGGCAGGUGCGCUAUACAUCCCAGGUGUCAGGUGAAGAAUGGGGUGGGGAGGGGGAAGAGAUCAGCCUUAUGGCAUGAUUUAAGUCAAAAUUUGAAUGCUGCACAAUGAUCAUAUUGAAAGGAGGAAAAUGAGAGAUUGUUUUCAUUGGUAUCAUUAAUAUGCAUACACACAGCUGCCCUUUCCAAUCUGACCGGGACAUGGAAAGAAAGGGACAGAUCACUACUCUGGGACAAAGUCUAAAAAUAUAUACAGUAUAUAUACGAAUUCUGGAUUGAGAGUGGGGAGUAAGAAACUCCCAGGUCUCUUAGCAACUUUCUGUACUUGUCUAGAGAGGCUGCCUUAGUUUAUAAGAACCCCAAUUGUAUUGAAAAGAAUCAGUGCCAUAAUUUUUGACCUGAAGUUCAGGUUGCAUUGUCCAGGGCUUUGUGGAUGUAUUUCUCAGUUUUUCUGACUUGCUGCUGCUAGUGUCUAAUUUGCCGACGCUGCCAUGUUUCCUUGUUAUGCACACCUCACUCACUGUCUGACACAAACUGCUCCCUUAUUUUGCACCCUCCUCUGUUGGGGUGUACAUGGUUUGUCCCUCCAUCUGCUCCGAAUGAAAACAGACUCAUCUGUGGGAGUUUGACAAAAUAAUGCCUCCACAUUUAGGGCACUGAACUACAGGAAUAAGCUUUAUACUGGCUGCUGCAUGCAGGAAUCUCCCAACCUCCCCUGGGAAAAUAAAUGGCUAGAUACAUCAACUCCAAAAGUGCUGAUAGCCUAUAAAAAAACAUAUGGAGAAAACAACCUAUAAAAGCAAUGUCAGGAAGAAUAACAGAAUCUAUGCCCAUAUUGGUCCACAGAUAGUGUCUCACCCCAGAGAAGUUGCUCCAGAUCUUGGCCAGUGUGUGUGUCAUUAAAGCACAUAUAGUGGGAGCAUUGAUUUGUGCAAGAAGAUUUAUCAUACAUUGCUUAAUACCCAAACAGUCUCUUAAGUGGUUUACAAAAGGAUUUGCAUGGACUGCCAGUUUGUUACCAGGCCAAGUCAAGGUUUUACUGCUGGUAUAUAAAACUGCUAAUGGCUUGGGACAAGUUUACUUGCGACAUUAUCUUGCCUCAUACAUACCUGUUCAACCACUUUGAUCAACGGAACUUGAAGUUUACAAAUGCCAUAUAAUGUUUGUUCUGCAUUUCAGAGGAAGAUUUUUUUUACUGCAGCAAAAUCUAUCCUUUACAAUCCCCUGCCUACUGACAGUAGGCAAAUGCUCUCACGACUGUAUAUUGAUUUAGGUGCCUGCUGAAAUCCUGUUUAUUUCAGCAAGCCUACCCAGGCAUGGGUUUUAGUUCGCUAUGUUUGUUACUUUCUACCCCUGCCUUCGUCCCCUUCCUCUUCUAUUUCCCUUGUGUGUUGACAACCAAUUUAUAAGUGACUUUGUAAAGUGCCAUGUAUGGACGGUGCCAUAUAAAUACGUGUUUUUUUUUUAAUUAUUAAAUUAAUUUCUCCCAGAGUGUCUAUAAUGUCAAACAAGGAUGGGCAAGAAAUAUGGAUACUCAGAUGUCAACCCUGGAGGAAGUGUGUAACAGAAUAUUUCAACUUAUGGAUGAAAAUAAUGACGGUAAAUGUACUUUAUUGUUAGAAUUAUCUGUGGGCUUCCAAAAAGUGGCAGUGGCUUGUAAGUGAAAGUGGGUCCAAUGGCUCUGCAUUUGCUGUAGAGGGGGAAGUGAGGGGCAGAUUGGGCUCGUCAGCCUGGGAAAGUACCGGUAGCUCUUCUAGGAGAAGGAAUCUCUGAUCCCAAACUUCCACUGCUUUGUAGGGUAUUUUUGAGAGAAAAAUGGUUAGGGAGUAAACCCUACAUAAUUCCAGAGUAGAGUCCCUAACACAGGUGGCGCCUUGUACACCUCCUUCCGGCAACUCCUGCAGCCAAGCUGUUGCCAAAUGUGUCACUCUGCUGUCUUUUGGACCACAUCAGUGAGUCUUGUAGUCUGGGCAGCCCAGGACCUCCACACACACUGCCCAGGUUUGUGUCCUGGGGAGGUCACUUUGGUGCGGCUAACACAGUGGUUUGACUUCACCCCUGAAGACGCACUCCACUGUCUUCUGAGACAGAGAGAUGCCAACAAUUCCUCUUUGAACAAAUAUGUUGAGAUAUACUACCUGGGAACAAUGCUGACCAUUCGGAAAAAAUGCACUGGCAAGUUUUAGCUUUCAGGCUCACUGCCAAAAAAGGAAAGUGCCAGGCUGUUUCUCCCCCAGCAUCUGUGUCUUUUAGUGCACUUUAAGUGAAUGGAUGGCUUUUGUAUUAGGUGCUACUCCCAUAUCUGCUCCAAAAGUGAAGGGUACUGUUCUGAACCCACAAAAGAGUGCUGGGCUCAACCCUAGGCUAAUCAUCCAAAUACUCUGACCUCUGCCUCUAGGCCCUGUCAGGUACCACACUUUAAGUUCAAGAGCCUGUAAGCUCUAAUAUUGUUGCAUAACACAGUGCCGUCAGUGCAGUCAUAUUUUCAGUAUAACACAGAAAUACUAGUUUUCAGACAUAUCUCUGCUCUUGACACAUCAUGUUUCAAGAACAGAAGACAAAUAUUUGAAGCCAUUUGGCUCGAAUGCUAUUCAUAUCAACAGACUGUUGCAUGUUAUGUAGCUCACUAAUUUGUGGAUGAAGACCUGCAUUUUGAGAAUUAAUCAUACAGGGCUUAAACCAUGCUAGCCAGGAGUGAGAGGAACUCCUCUGUCCAGAAGCUCCCACAUACCCACUGCCUCUCUGUAGCUUCUAGUUUUAGCACAGCAGCCUGGUCAGUUUUAUACAAAAGCUUUGCUGCUGAGAGAGAAGUGCCCCCCAGGCUCUGCCUAUUGCUGGAUCCUCUCUCUCCCCCCAGGGAAACACAUAACAGUUUGCAAAGUAUUUGCACAGCCCUCUCAUUUUGCCUUCCAGUUUUUGGUUACACUGGUGUGUGACGGAGUCUUGAGCAUUAGCUGUUAUGGACGCUUGGUUGCUGCCAGUUAUGCAAGACUGGCAAAUGCCACUAACUUUACAGCUGUUUGUUCAGAGGCAAGUCCCACCUUAUUCAAUGGGACGUACUCCCUUGAAAGUUUGUUUAGGAUUGCAGCCUAAGUUAAUUAUCUUUGGGGAAUUUGGGAAGAAUGGCCAAUCAUGUAGAAAAGAGGGCUAAGCUUUUCUGAUAAUGCCUCAGCUGUGAGCUAUGAUAUAUACACAAUAGAGGCUAUCGAAAUAAGAUGUCUCAGGACAGCUGCUCAAUUGCAUAACUUUUUGGCUGGCAGAACAAUACAGUUCUUAGUGACUCACUUAAAAGACUCCCUGGGAAGAACCUAAGAUUCACCAAAACUAUACAGAAAAUAAUGUUUUGACUUUAUUGUUUAUUAAGAAGUAUCCUGAUUAAAAACUGAGGUCAGUGGCUUGGCUUCAGGAAACUGCAAGUACAACAUGCCCCCAUGGCUUCUCUUGUCCUUCCAUGUCUGACCAACAGUGGCUGGGAGGAAGAAGAGCUGCAAAGCAACACUCUGCACUUGUUUCCCCUUUCUGUUGCUCAGACUCCAUUUCCCCUAUGUAAAUGGGAAUAAUACUGGCCUAUCGUAUAAUAUGAUGGAGCUCAGCAAAUGAAGUACUUUGCAUGUGAGAUAAUAUUCAUUUAUGGGUAAUGAUAACAGAUAAUCUACUUUGGUCUUUCCGUGGCAGAACAAGACUCCACUCUACAGAACACUUGCUCUGAAGCAAGGAUGUCAAACUCAAAGAGCUCAGAGGAACAAAUUUCAUGUUUAGUAGAGGACCAGGAGUGCCACAGGCAUAUUUUCACCAACAAUGUAGUACAAACCACCAAUUUCAAUCCGAUAUACAACUAAAGGGGGGGGGGGGCUUAAGCUCUCUUUCUUUAAACAUUUAUAGCAGUAAAAGGGCAAUAAAUGAAAUAUUGCUGUGCCCUGGGGGCUCCUAAAGCAAUUUUUUUGAGUAACCAUAAUUAGCGUAUUUUUCGCCCUAUAAGACGCACUUUUUCCCCUCCAAAAAUGAAGGGGAAAUGUGUGUGCGUCUUAUGGGGCGAAUGCAGGCUCCUUGGCUUCAGCGAUAGCAACGCGAAGCCUCCGAAGCCUGCGCUCCAGAGGCUUCGCGUUGCUUCUGCUGAAGCCAGGAGAGUCUGCUCUUUGAGGCUGCGCUUCCCCCAUCUCCAACCCGGCUUGGAGGCUGGCGGUGGGAGAAAGCAACGCAGCUCUUGGGGGCUUUUCCCCAAGGAGGGAGAAGGGACAGACUGUCGGAGUCCGUCCCUUCUCCCUCCUGUGGGCUUUUGUGGGAGAUGGUGGAAUUCCCCCACCUCCCGCAAAAGCAGGCAAAGCCGUGCGCCUUAAAGCGGCUACGUGGCUUCUGCUGGCUUUUCUAGGAGGUGGGGAUUGCCCACCUCGUAGAAAGCCCGUAGGAGCCGCGCAGCCUUUAAGAGCGCGCCGCUCUUGGGGGCUUUUCCCCAAGGAGGGAGAAGGGACUGACUGGCUGUUUCAGUCUCUUCUCCCUCCUGGUCGAAAAGCCCGCAGGAGUCGCGCGCGGCUCCCGUGGGCUUUUGCGGGAGGUGGGGGAAUUCCGCCACCUCCCGCAAAAGCAGGAAGAAGGUCUUGGAGUAGCGCACAGGCUGCGUGCAGCCUGUCCGCUGCUCCCAGAGCUGUGAGGGGGAAAUCAUAUUUUUUCCCUUGAUUUCCCCCCCUGAAAACUAGGUGCGUCCUAUGGGCCGGUGCGUCCUAUAGGGCGAAAAAUACGGUACUCACCCAUCUGGGAUUGCACAGCAAUUCUCUUUUUAGAAUAUACACUAUAGUCCCUACACUAUUCAGUAAGAGCAAAUGGCAAGCCAUCCCUUCCAUGAUACAAAAAGCGUUGGCUUCCCAGUCCCAAAGAUGAUUCUGACCUUUGUUGCGUACACGGGAGAUUCCUUAAAGUUCUGAUGUGUCUCCUAGCUUGUGUUUGAUACCCUGAUCUACUAGUUUAAGUUAUGGCCGAACCUCUUUUAAUCCAUUUUUGAAAUUAUUCUUCCAGGAAAAAUUUCACUGAAAGAGUUUGUUGAUGGAGUGCAAAGAGAUGAGUGGGUAAGGAAAAUGUUAAACAUAGAUCCCACAGAAUGGAUCCUUGAACACCAAAGAAAAAAGAAUGCAGAUGAAAAGGACCAAACACUGGAGGAGAAAGACAUGUCAUCAGGCCUUCCCUAGCAUUGGUUAUUGUAUGUGAAAUAUUUUCAGCAUGAUGGCCCUUUGAUCCCAUGAAAUGAGAAGUAUAAAAUGGUCAAAGGCAUUUUAGCUAUUAUAUAAUCUAAGGAGUAGUUAUGAAGUUGAGUACUAUCUCUUGAUCAUUUUCCAGAAUAACAUCUUUCAGAUAACAAAGCAGAAAAAAUAGGUUCCAAGGGUAUGUGAUAUCCUAACAUAUCAGAGAUAUUAACCUGAACAUAUUUCCAGAAUAUUUCUGUCUGAGAACAAUUCCAAAAUACAUGUCUGUAAUCUGCUUUAUUUAAUCCACAUCACCAACAUUUAUCAGAUCCUAAUUUAUAUAUUCAAUUCAUAAAUGCCAUAUACAGAGGGUUUUUAAAUAGUUCUCCUUUAGGAAGAAAUUAUAAUAGAAUGGAAGUUGUCCCAAAUCCAGUUCCAUUGUUUCCUGGUUAUUCUUUGACCCAAAUCUUGCACCCAUUUUCUCAUAUAUGCAUCCUAGUUCUGAUCAAAGCAUAACCAAAGGUCAUAGAAUCUUGCAAUUAUGCCUUCAUUCAAAUAAGAGAGAAAAAGAAUACUUUUUGAGCACUUGUCACAGUGGGAGAUGAAACUCAUUUCCAAGGAGUAUGUACAGUGGUGCCUCGCAAGACGAAAUUAAUCCGUUCCGCGAGAGUCUUCGUCUAGCGGUUUUUUCGUCUUGCGAAGCAAGCCCAUUGACGGAUUAGCGCUAUUAGCGCUAUUAGCGGUUUAGCGGCUAUUAAAGGCUUAAAGGCUUAGGGGAUUAGCUGCUAAAAGGCUAUUAAAGGCUAUUAAAGGCUUAGCAGAUUAGAUAAAGGGGGGGGAAAGCGAAAAAAAAAUCUCAAGACUCGCAAGAUAUUUUCGUCUUGCGAAGCUAGCCCAUAGGAGAAUUCGUCCUGCGAAGCAACUUCAAAACGGAAAACCCUUUCGUCUAGCGGUUUUUCCGUCUUGCGAGGCAUUCGUCUUGCGGGGCACCACUGUACAAGGAAACCAAAAGACAGCCGACUGAAUCUUGCUAGAGAACUAGUUUAAUAUUUCAGAGUGCUGGCAUGGUUUGGGGACUAGUACUGCAUACAUAUGAGCUUGCAUUUACACUCUCAUAAAGUCUGUUCAACUCAAUCAUUUUUUCAAUAAAUACAAAUUCAUUUUAAAAAUUCAAAUGCUUGUGCCUCUAAAGGAGCGUCAACUUAUAAAGCUGUGCUGAACUUCAUUUUGCUUCAGAAAGUCAGAAUGAAACAAUACAUACUCAUAUAACUAGCUAAAUACAGCAUUGUGUGUGCGUGCAUCAAGGCAAGCAACUGCUGUGCCUGAACAGCAUUUCCAGCCACCAAAAAAGAAAGAUGCAUCAGAACAAACUGACUCAAGGCUGAGCCAGGCUAUUUUAAGCAAUGAGCUGUCAAGCAACUACUGCUAUCUCCUCCACCCCUCCCAAGCUUAGGCUUAACUUGUAUGGAUGUUCAGCAGUACUUAGCUCUGGAAUCUCUUUUAAUUAAUAAGAGGAGCCACAUAAAGUGAUAAUAAAAAAAAAGUACAAGUUGAAUUCUUUUGAAUGACCCCUACCAGUUUUCACACAUAAGAAAAAUGCUUUUCCGGGAAGAGAAAUACCCUGGCUCGAGAAGCAGUUCACUUAAAAUAUAAUGCACUUCUGCAAGUGCUUGAGGACAGCAACUACCGUAUUUUUCGCCCCAUAGGGCGCACCGGCCCAUAGGACGCACCUAAGUUUUUUUUGGGGGGGGGGGAUAAAGAAAAAAAAAAUUAUUUCCCCCCCAGGUGUGGGGCUGGGGCGGGGGAAGCCCGAGCUUCCCCCGACCCCAGAACAGGCAGCUCUCCACAAGCCUUGGGAGACCGGCGCGACUUCCCGCCGGGCUCCCACGCCUUGCGGAUAUCUGCCUGAAGCCCAAACCAGGUCAGGGGACAGCGGGAUGGCGGCGCUCCGCCUCCCCACUGUCCCCCGAGCUUGUGGGGCUGGUGGUGGGGAGAAGUGAGCUUCUCCUCGCCGCCAGCCUCCAAACCAGGUCGGGGGACAGCGGGAUGGCGGCGUUCCGCCUCCCCGCUGUCCCCCAAGCUUGUGGGGCUGGCGGCAGGGAGAAGCGCGCUUCUCCCCGCCGCCAGCCUCCAAACCAGGUCGGGGGACAGCGGGAAGGCACGCUGUGCGCGCCCCUGGCUUCGAGAUGCAGGCUGCUAUCCGCAAGCCUAAGGAGCCCGACGGGAACUCCUGCGGGCUCCCAAGGCUUGCGGAGAGCUUCCUGAAGCCUGGAGAGCGAGAGGGGUCGGUGCGCACCAACCCCUCUCGCUCUCCAGGCUUCAGUGAAAGCCUGCAUUCGCCCCAUAGGACGCAUACACAUUUCCCCUUCAUUUUUGGAGGGGAAAAAGUGCGUCUUAUAGGGCGAAAAAUACGGUAUCUUUUUAGAAAUUAAAAUUUUCCUCCUCACACUUAAGAAGCUUCCAGGCUUUUGCUAUUUUUAAGCAGGAUUCAACCACAUACUGUGAAUUCAGGUUGCUCAAUUAUCGUUGUCUGGGAGGUCUUUCAAAGCAAACCAGCUUCCUUAAAAGACUGGACUUUUUGCAACAAGGAAUGUGACAGAAAAAUGCACUAGAAAGUAUGGGAUAAUACUUGCUUUGCUGCAACCUCACUUAAUCUCCCCACAAACAAAUGUGAGUAAAAUGCAUAUUAUAUUGACAAUGUUGCCUGGUCUCCCUGCAAAAGUCAGGAUGAAUACUCAAUAAACAGGAUGCCUGGAAGUGUGAAAAGAAGCUGCAAAUUUAAAUGAUAAUAAUAAUAAAUAAUAAACUUUAAUUUAUAUCCCGCCCUCCCUGGCCGAAGUCGGGCUCAGGGUGGCUAACAUCAAAUAUAUAGUAACAUUAGUAUAAAAUCAAACAAGAAUUAAAUUACCUCCUAAAACCAGUUCGAAAUCAAAUUGAAGUCUAAUUAGAUGGCAUUCCGCAGGGUUAGGGUUGGGAACAGUAAGUGCUCAUCGGCCCAAGUGUUUACGUUGAUCUUAUAUGGGCAUGUGAGAAUGCUGGGAGGCCUCUUUCAUAUUAGUUCUUGUAUUAGUUCUUAUACAAAGGGGAGGCAGGCUGAGCCCUGACCAAAGGCCUGGUGGAACAACUCCAUCUUGCAGGCCCUACGGAAAGAUGUCAAAUCCCCCAGGGCCCUGAUCUCUUGUGGCAGAAUGUUCCACCAGGCCGGGGUCAAGGCCAAGGCCAAAAAGGCCCUAGCCCUGGUCGAGGCCAGCCUAAUCUCUCUGAGGCCUGUGAUCUCCAAGGCGUUAUUAUUUGUAGACCGUAAGGUCCUCCGCGGGGCGUACCAGGAGAGGUGGUCCCGUGGGUACGAGGCUCCUAGGCUGUAUAGGGCUUUAAAGGUUAAAACCAGCACCUUAAACUUGAUCCUGUAUUCCACCGGGAGCCUGUGCAGCUGGUAUAGCACCGGGUGAAUGUGAUCCUGCGGAGAAGACCCCGUAAGGAGUCUCGCCGCGGCAUUCUGCACCUGCUGGAGUUUCUGGGUCAGUUUCAAGGGCAGCCCUAUGUAGAAUGAAUUACAAGAAUCAAGCCUGGAGGUGGCCGUUGCAUGGAUCUCAGUGGCGAGAUCAGGGCGGGAGAGGUAAGGGACCUUUGGGGAGGAAGGAGGAGAGGGGAUGAAAAUGACAAGUGUUUCUAUUACUGAGUGUUUUGAAAUCAUGAGCUUUUCCUGGGCUACUCAUUCUGAAUGAGUGAGAGGACCUCUAGUGGUGGUUCUAGAAUCCAUGGAAAGGAAAGAAAAAGCGAGCUAAACAGAAGAGAGUUGGGAAUUACCAGUGCUUUGGGGGGCGGUUACGCAGGGGUACGCAUAUCCCUAAACAUGUUGUGAAUCUUUGUACAUACUUUUGUCCAUUUACUGUAUUUAUUUUCCCCUAUUCGAACUAUAAAAUGGUGGUUUUCUUGAGUCAAAAUGAGAGCACAGCUAACCUUUUUUUUAAGAAGAAGAAAAAAGCACUGGGUAUUACCAUAUUUGUUGAAAGAACAAAUUUGAACAUGGCCUUAGAAUGGUAAAAAGUAUAGGCUGAACAUAUGAGAAACCGAGGAACCAACCAAACCUAUUUUCUUAAUAAAAGAUCCGUUGUUGGCAAAGCCUCGCAGCCAGCACCACCCCAUACACUGCUGUAGCCAAGAGAGUAACUUAUUAAAGAGCAUAGUCCUCUUUUUCGAAAACGCACGUGCAUUUCGAGAUCCUCUGAGCAGCGCUUUCUCCACAGCCCAUGCUCGGCUCAAAUUCCAGGUGGGGAGCAGAAGACUCAGCUCACGACGCUCUCCACCCUUUCCACCCUCCCUUUAGCUCUCGUUUUCCGAAUGCCACGCGAAGAAAUGACCUGCAUUAAAAUCGGGAUACGAGGCUUUUGCAUCCCGCCCCCUCCCGCCUGCCAUGACACCUACCGGCAGGUGGAUGGAAAGAGUUGGCCCAACACCGCAAGGGAGGGGGAAAGUGGCCGGACGGGUUUGGGAAACCCUGCUCGCCGAUUGGCUGCGCUCGACGCCUCUGCGCACGCACGCCAGGUUCGCGCACGCACGCACUCACGCACGCACAACACUGCCGUCACGCCGAAAAGCGACCCGGUCCCGGCCAGCGGCCUUCGCUGGUGUGUCGGGAUGACUCUCCCGGCUGGCUCUCCACCUGGAGGAGGCCGAGGAGGAAGAAGAGGAGCAGCGGCGGCGGCGGCCUAUAAGCUCCGGCCUGCGCCCGCUCGGGUCCCGCUGAGGAGACGGUGAGCGCGUCGCUCCCGGCCGACACUCUUCCUUCCCUCAGGUGAGUUCGGGGCGCUGCCGGCCCCUCCCCCCCACCCUACAUCCGGGCUUCUGCAGCGAGAGAGAGCGAGGGUCGCCUGCCCAACGGAACCGAAGGGAGGCCUCGCCCCCUUCGCCCUUGGGGUUCUUACCUGGAACUCCAGGGAGGCAGGACCGUUGUCCAGGAGUCCAGUCCGUUGGAUGCCUUCGAGAGACACGGCUGUCCGUCCUUUGAGAUCCUUCUCGAAACCGGACUAUUUCUUGUCGAGAGAGAGAGAGAGAGAGAGAGAGAGAGAGAGAGAUUGAUUUACCGGGGCGGGGGGAGUUACUCCCCCCCCGCAAGUGCGACUGUGUCGCUCAGCAGUUUCUCGAGGAGCCGAGGUCCUUCGCCCCACAACCCUUCGCGGGGAAUGGAGGGGCAAAGGAAAGUCUCCUUAGCUUGGUUAGUCAUUUGAGUUCUUUAGGGAGCUGCUUCCUUGUUUUGGUGGUGUUUGGGAUUCACCUGAGAAGUCAGGAACUGCUCCUUUCUCAGUAGCUGCUCAUUGGGUGCAGCGGGUGGGGAGUUCCUGUCGCGACUGCUUAGGUAAUAAUAAUAAUAAAAUUUUAUUUAUACCCCGCCCUCCCGAGCCAAGACCGGGCUCAGGUCGGCUAGAGACAUAGGAACCUCGCUGUCUUGGAGUAAGUUCUGUUGGACCCAGUAGGACAGACCUCUGAGUGGAUAUAGGACUGAGAGUCAGUUUUCUGUACCCUGAUGUGGUCUAUGGAAGAAGCAUUGGGUUGGUGACAUCAAGUCAGGGCUGAAAUACACUAGUGGCCAAAAUUGUGGAAACCUUUUGGGGAAAGUGUAUUUCCGAGGUUUGAUGGCUAAUAACACCACUUUUAUUUUGAGCAAUACCAUAAAAUUAUAUAUCAAUGGAAAGGUAAUUUAAUGAUGAAUGUAAUGCAAUAAGGUUUGUUCAAUUAUCUGUAUUCUAUCAAAAGUUACAGCCAAAUAACCAGAAAAAGGAGUGUUUAGAGCAGGGGUCAGCAAACUUUUUCAGCAGGGGGCCAGUCCAUUGUCCCUCAGACCUUGGGGGGACGGGACUAUAUUUUUUUGGGGGGUGGGAUGAACAAAUUCCUAUGCCCCACAAAUAACCCAGAGAUGCAUUCUAAAUAAAAGCACACAUUCUACUCAUGUAAAAACACGCUGAUUCCCGGACUGUCCGCGGGCUGGAUUUAGAAGUUGGUUGGCCUGGAUCCGGCCCCUGGGCCUUAGCUUGCCUACCCAUGGUUUAGAGAGCCAAUCAGGUGUCAUCUUCUUUUGGCAAUGAUGACUCAUCACACCACUUUUUUUGGAGUAAUACCAUAAAAUUAUAUAUCAAUGGAAAGAUAAUUUAAUGAAGAAUGUUUAAGUCUUCAAGUCUGGAUGUGGAAUUUUAUCCAUAUACACCCAUUUGGAAGUAUUCUGCAAGAGAACACUUCAUGUAAAACAACACAGUAUUCUAUUCAAGUAAUGCACACCUAGGCUUCUGAGUGAUCUUCUCACUACCUUUGUGGAAGCAUUUUAAUGUAAAAAUAUUCCCCAGUAAAUAUAAACCAGCUUCUAGCGUGCCCUUUUCAUUUGUGGAUGAACGUGUUGUGCAAUCAACCAACCAACCUGUGCUUAUAAAACUGUCAAUAUGUAGUACGUUUGAAGAACAGCCCCUAAAGUUAUGGAUAACAUUGUAUCAGAUUUUAUUCAUACAACAGUAACUUUAAGGCAAGCAGAGCAUCUUGCCACAAGGUACAACAGCACUGGGGAAUCUAUUUGUAAUGAUAGAAUCAAAAGAAUUAGUAAUACAGCAAACUUAUAGCUGUUAAUGCAUUUUUCAUUGUCCUAAAAGAGUACAAAAUAUUGAAAUAAAAUGUACUUUUUAAAGUACAAAAGCUUCAUAGCCUGAUCAGGUUAUAAAGUAUUUUGCACUUUUUAAAGCAUAUAUUAUUUCAAUAUUCUGUGCUCUUUUUAGGACAAAGAAAAAUGCUUUGAGUUGCUUCAAAUUUCCUAUAUGGAUAGCACUUCUGGAUAGGUGCAUGUGCACAUAAAAAUGACAAAUGCUCUUUGUGCCAUGGAGCAUCUUCUUGAAGUUUAGGUUGCUAUGCCAGCUAUGACCCUACUUACAGCCUUUCUUCAGUGAUCUAUGCCUGGUAACCUUUCAUUCUGAUCAUUGCAGUGCAUUGUUUGUGGGGCUGCGUUUACAAACUCUGGAUAUUUCAGUUGGUACAGAAUAUAGAUGCAAGAUAGAUAAUAGAACUGAGUAUUGCACAAAUAUUAUGCCGGUACUCUGUUAUCUUCACUGGCUCCCAGUCCAUUUCUGGGCCCAAUUCAAAGCACUGCUUUUGAUCUGUAAGACCUUCCAUAGCUUGGAAACUUCUUCCCACAUGUAGCUACUUACCUCUUCAUCUGAGGCCUUAAGGACAUAAGAACAAUCCUGCUGGAUUGGGCAAAUGGGCCAUCUGGUCCAGCAUCCUGUCCUCACAGUGGUCGGCUAUGCAUUUGAGUAGCCCCAAAGCAGGACCUGUGUGCAGCAGCACUCUUCCCACCUGUGAUUCCCAGCAGUUCAGAGGUAUGCCUCUUAUCCUUCCCUGCCAAGUGAAGUUUAGGAGGUGGGUAUGAAUGAGCAGGCCUUUUCAGUGGUAGUUCCAGGGUUGUGGAAUGUCUUCCAAAUAGAGCUGAGCCUGGCAUUGUCUUUAAUGUCUCUCCAGUGCCAGACAUACUCCUGUCCAGCUCUGUUUAUUUGUUUUAAAAUCUUCUCCCCUUUCUCUUUUAUUUGUUUUUGCACUUAUUUGGUGUUUUGCUGCUGUGUUAUAUCUUACUGAAUUUUCAUUAUGUUGCUUUUUAAGAUUUAUUCUUAUUGUGAGAGCUGCUUAGAGAACUUUUUGUGUGUAAAUAAAGUAAUUUUAAUGUUGCUACUGUCGAAGAAGGUUAUUUUCUCUUCCCUUAGCUUCACCAGUGGUUCAAAACAGUGUAUGCACUUGAAGCUGCUUCAACCACUCAUGAAACCUGGGGCCCAAAAAUACUUUUUCCAUAGGUUAGCACAGCACAUACACUUUUUAAAAUACCGUAUUUUUCGGACUAUAGGACGCACCGGCCCAUAGGACGCACCUAGUUUUCAGGGGGGGAAAUCAAGGAAAAAAAUAUGAUUUCCCCCCCGCAGCUCUGGGAGCAGCGGACAGGCGGCACGCAGCCGGUCCGCUACUCCAAGACCGUCUCCCAGCGUUUGCGGGAGGUGGCGGAAUUACCCCACCCCCCCCAAAAGCCCACAGGAGCCCCGCGCGACUCCUGCGGGCUUUUCGACCAGGAGGAGAAGGGACUGAAACGGCCAGUCAGUCCCUUCUCCCUCCUCGGAAAAAGCCCCCAAGAGCGGCGCGCUCUUUAAAGGUGCGCGGCUCCUGCAGGCUUUUCUAGGAGGUGGGGAAUUCCCCUCGUAGAAAAGCCCGCAGAAGCCGCGGAGCCCCUUAAAAGAGCACGAGGCUUGUGCGGGAGGUGGGGGAAUUCCCCCAUCUCCCCCAAAAGCCCGCAGGAGGGAGAAGGGACUGACUCGGCCAGUCAGUCCCUUCUCCCUUCUUGGGAAAAGCCCGCAGGAGUCGCGCUGGGCUCCUGUGGGCUUUUGCGGAGGUGGGGAAUUCCCCCCCUCGUAGAAAAGCCAGCAGAAGCCGCGGAGCUCCUUUAAAGAGCACGAGGCUUUUGCGGGCUUUUGCGCGACGUGGGGGAAUUCCCCCAUCUCCCCAAAAGCCCACAGGAGGGAGAAGGGACUGACUCGGCCAGUCAGUCCCUUCUCCCUCCUUGGGGAAAAGCCCCCAAGAGCCGCUCGCUCUUUAAGGGUGUGCGGCUCCUGCGGGCUUUUCUAGGAGGUGGGGAAUUCCCCACCUUCCUAGAAAAGCCGCGGAGCCCCUUUAAAGAGCGCGCGGCUUUUGCCUGCUUUUGCGGGAGGUGGGGGAAUUCCCCCAUCUCCCGCAAAAGCCCAAAGGAGGGUUGGAGAGUAGCGGGAGGGCGUCGCGUGCCUUCCGGCUGCCCCCAUCCUCUGGGGCUGGCGAUGGGGAAGCGCUGCUUUCCCACCGCCAGCCUCGAGCCGGGUUGGAGGGUAGCGGCAAGGCGUCGCGCGCCUUCCCGCUGCCCCCAUCCUCUGGGGCUGGCGAUGGGGAAGCGCUGCUUCCCCACCGCCAGCCUCGAGCCGGGUUGGAGGGUAGCGGCAAGGCGUCGCGCGCCUUCCCGCUGCCCCCAUCCUCUGGGGCUGGCGAUGGGGAAGCGCUGCUUUCCCCACCGCCAGCCUCGAGCCGGGUUGGAGGGUAGCGGCAAGGCGUCGCGCGCCUUCCCGCUGCCCCCAUCCUCUGGGGCUGGCGAUGGGGAAGCGCUGCUUUCCCACCGCCAGCCUCGAGCCGGGUUGGAGGGUAGCGGCAAGGCGUCGCGCGCCUUCCCGCUGCCCCCAUCCUCUGGGGCUGGCGAUGGGGAAGCGCUGCUUCCCCACCGCCAGCCUCGAGCCGGGUUGGAGGGUAGCGGCAAGGCGUCGCGCGCCUUCCCGCUGCCCCCAUCCUCUGGGGCUGGCGAUGGGGAAGCGCUGCUUCCCCACCGCCAGCCUCGAGCCGGGUUGGAGGGUAGCGGCAAGGCGUCGCGCGCCUUCCCGCUGCCCCCAUCCUCUGGGGCUGGCGAUGGGGAAGCGCUGCUUCCCCACCGCCAGCCUCGGCCGGGUUGGAGGGUAGCGGCAAGGCGUCGCGCGCCUUCCCGCUGCCCCCAUCCUCUGGGGCUGGCGAUGGGGAAGCGCUGCUUCCCCACCGCCAGCCUCGGCCGGGUUGGAGGGUAGCGGCAAGGCGUCGCGCGCCUUCCCGCUGCCCCCAUCCUCUGGGGCUGGCGAUGGGGAAGCGCUGCUUCCCCACCGCCAGCCUCGAGCCGGGUUGGAGGGUAGCGGCAAGGCGUCGCGCGCCUUCCCGCUGCCCCCAUCCUCUGGGGCUGGCGAUGGGGAAGCGCUGCUUCCCCACCGCCAGCCUCGGCCGGGUUGGAGGGCAGCGGCAAGGCGUCGCGCGCCUUCCCGCUGCCCCCAUCCUCUGGGGCUGGCGAUGGGGGAAGCGCUGCUUUCCCCACCGCCAGCCUCGAAGCCGGGUUGGAGGGUAGCGGCAAGGCGUCGCGCGCCUUCCCGCUGCCCCCCAUCCUCUGGGGCUGGCGAUGGGGGAAGCGCUGCUUCCCCACCGCCAGCCUCGAAGCCGGGUUGGAGGGUAGCGGCAAGGCGACGCGCGCCUACCCGCGGCCCCCAUCCUCUGGGGCUGGCGAUGGGGAAGCGCUGCUUUCCCCACCGCCAGCCUCGAGCCGGGUUGGAGGGUAGCGGCAAGGCGUCGCGCGCCUUCCCGCUGCCCCCAUCCUCUGGGGCUGGCGAUGGGGAAGCGCUGCUUCCCCACCGCCAGCCUCGGCCGGGUUGGAGGGUAGCGGCAAGGCGUCGCGCGCCUUCCCGCUGCCCCCCAUCCUCUGGGGCUGGCGAUGGGGGAAGCGCUGCUUUCCCCACCGCCAGCCUCGAGCCGGGUUGGAGGGUAGCGGCAAGGCGUCGCGCGCCUUCCCGCUGCCCCCAUCCUCUGGGGCUGGCGAUGGGGAAGCGCUGCUUCCCCACCGCCAGCCUCGGCCGGGUUGGAGGGUAGCGGCAAGGCGUCGCGCGCCUUCCGCUGCCCCCAUCCUCUGGGGCUGGCGAUGGGGAAGCGCUGCUUCCCCAUCGCCAGCCCCAAAGAGCAGACUCUCCUGGCUUCAGCGGAAGCAACGCGAAGCCUCCGGAGCGCAGGCUUCGGAGGCUUCACAUUGCUAUCGCUGAAGCCGAGGAGUCUGCAUUCGCUCCAUAGGACGCACACACAUUUCCCCUUCAUUUUUGGAGGGGAAAAAGUGCGUCCUAUGGUCCGAAAAAUACGGUAAAAGCCUUUAUGGUACAAUUGUGAUAUCGAGUAUUAGUAAUUCCAGUAUUGCUUUUAAAGAAGCAGUUGCCUAUCCCAAGCCUUUGGGUGUUUUAAUCAUGCUAAAACACCAUUGAUGGUUGGUAAAAAGUAAAACUUGUUUUGCUAAAAUAACUCCACGUACACUGAGUGAGUAGGGAGCUUCUUGGUGUGCUGUAAAAACUUGUUUAGUGACAUUUGUGAGUCCUGAACAGUAACUUUCAUUAUUAAGAUUCCUAAUGCAAUUACUAAAACUCAAGUGAUUGACUAGAGAGUUUUAGCUGCAGAAGUAAUGGGCUCUGAUCCAAAGUUAGAUGUAAUACUAUCUAUGCCUGCUAUGAUGUGUUAAACUUUCCCCUUUUAAAUAGCAGCUUCCUGGUACUGAAUCAAAAUCUGUUUCCAAAACUGUUGGAAGCAGCAUUCCAUGAAAGAUGGGAGAGCUGCUGUUUACAACGGAAAGCUUAAAAUGCUGCUGUACUCAUCUAAGCCUAUAUACAAGUUUAAUAGGCCUCGGAUUAUGGCCAUUGUGAGAAAUCAAGCCCCACUGAAAUCAAUGGGACUUAAUUCCAUGUAAUUGUAUCAAGAGUCUAGGCAUAAGGGUGUGUACAGACAUGUAUAAACAGGAGUCCGUUCAGUUUUUUUCUUCUUUAUGAGGCUUCUCUUUGCCUUCUUAGACAACACACAUAUUUAUUUCCAAAUCAGGUGCUGAUUUCCACUGCCUUUUUGGCUAUUCUGCUAUGCGUCAUGUGGGGCUGUCCUUCUUUUAAAACUUUUAAAGCACCUUACAAGUUUUGUGACGAUUUUAAACUGCUCUGAUGGUGGAAGCGCUAGUCAGUCAUUAGCUAUAUGCACCCCCUCUUUUCCCAGUAGCCUGCACAACCCUUCACACCAUAGCCCACCUUAUGUCCUCUGACCCCUAACAGAGGUUGAGGGGUGCUUCUGGAGGGGGAAAAUCAGUUCCUUCCUGCAAGUUUUUCUCUGAAUCCAAUCAACAGUCAACUUCUGCUGGAAACUAGCAGAACUAGUUUCUCCUGACUUUGAAUAUGCUGCACCCUGAUCACUCUAAUUAUGCAUGUCUGUAUAUAGUUGAGGAGAGAGAGAGAGAGAGAGAGAGAGAGUGUGUGUGUGUGUGUGUGUGUGUGUUUGUGUGUUUUGAUAAUGUGAAGAUUGCUAGCAUUUUAGGAUAGGUGGAGCUGUUUCCUUCAAAGUCAGGCAAAUAAAAAGCAGUGAACAAAUAGUAGUGAAUAAUAGUAGCCCACAUUGAGGGCAGAAGGCAGACACUUUAUUCUUCCUGCUCCAGCCUAUUUUUAACAGCAACCUGGGUUACUUUCCCUUGAAACUCAGGAAACAUGUGUCCAGAAACCCACGUGACAGAAAAGCAGCUGCAGAUAUGGGAUUGCAGGGGGAACAGCAUGUACAGAAUGGGAUUGAUGUACCCACUUAAAAGUCUUGUUGAAAAUGAAGUUCUCAAUAACUGCCAAAAAGAAAGGUGGAAGUUCCAAUAAGAAGGUGCCUCCAGCCUAAAGGCCUGAUUCCUAUGUUGUAUGCAACAAAUUUUCUGAUAAGAUGGUAUCACCAGGAGGAUCCUUUCCUGUAUACGUCAGUGAUCAGUUGGCGUGAGGUUAUAUAUAUGCUAUCCUGGUCUGAAGCUGUAUACAGAUUUGUACACCUAGAACUUAGCUGAAGGUAAUAGUUGGCACUGAAAUUACUGGUGUAAACUAAUUUCUCUUUGCUUUUCUAUAGCUAUUUUAAAACUAUGCUGAAAUGGGGCAGCGGUGAUAUUUCAGCUACUAAAUCCGGAGUAAGUACUUUGGGGGGAAAAAUUGACUGAAUUUUAUACACUGUACUUGAUGAUACAUUUAUUCUAAACACCUUUACAAAGAACCUUUGUACUGAUUAUUUUAGAUUCUUAAGUAUCAAAUAUUAAAUAUUUAUUUAGUAUUCAGCAUUGAAGCUGCAUUGGGCUACUUUUGUUUGCAUAUUUUAGUUUUUAAAAACUCACUCCAAGCAGGGGCAGGGUUAGACGUGGGGGGGCAGGCUUCCAUUCAUGUUUGGUUUAUCUUUAAAGGAAGCUGAAAUCCAGUUGACUGGCUGUUUGGGUGUAGGGACUGGGUUCAAACAACUGAAUGCUGUGCUUUCAGCUUUAAUAAAACAAAGUAAGGGCAACCCAGCACAUUCUUUGUUUUCAAGACUCAAAUUGCCUAAAGAUAAAUUGUACAGAAUACCAAGACUUCUGUUUUAAUACAUUGACAGUGCAAUCUUUUACAUGUCUGCUUAGAGAUGAGCUCCAUGGAGUUAAUGAGCUUACUUCCAAGUAUGUAUGCAUAUGAUUGCAAGUUGAAUCUAGGUCAUGGGUGGGGAAACUUCAGUCCAAGAGUCCAGAGUUGCAUGCUUUUGGGGGAGAUGGGUGGAGCAACAUUCAUUCAUUUGUGAAUCCCUUUCUACAUGUACAUCCGGGCCAUUUACAAACAUAGAAUAAAACAGCUAAAAAUAAUUUAGAAAACAAUACAAAACCCCCGCUUAAGAUAGAUUUUAAAACAGUAUAACAUGAAGAUCUAUGGCAGAAACCUUUUCAUCCAGCUGUAAAAGCUUGUAAAAAAAUAAAGUAUUCAGUUGUUUCCAGAAAGUAUAAAUAGUGGAUGCCUGCAGUGUCUUGGCAGGAAUGCCGGUCGUCUGAACAGGGGCAGCCACAUGGACAUGGACAGUGCCAAGUUGCUCUAGGGUGGGCAUCAACUACUUUUGGAACUUAAAGAGAAACUGUAGUGCAGAAUGUAGUGAUCAACUGCAUACGUAACCAAUAAAGAAGUCUCUGAGACUCUGAAGUAAGUUGGUCUUGGGAUGUAUAGGGCCUUAAGUGUUAGUACGAAGAUGUUGAACAGAUGUCGCUCUUACUUUUGUACUAUGGGCUACAUUCCAGCCACACUAAAGCCAGGGUUUUUAAAUCCCAAUUUUAUCUCCAUCCAGGGAAGCAAAAGGCACCAUCACAUUUCAAUUACACAUUCUAGACAGUCCAAGGCACUCAAGGAAUGCAUGGAACAGGAUCAAAAGCAUUAAGGCCUGGGGAUCGCUCCAAGGGCCUUAUAGAGAGGUCUAGAGGGUUACAUUCACCCCACUGGUUGGAGGUUCCCCAUUCCUGGUCUGGGUAGAAUAAUAGUGAUCAAUUCUAAAAACUGUUUCAUUGCCUUUUGCUUCUGUGGAAGGGAAGCUCUGCCUCCAGAAAGGCAUUCUUUCUCCAUUGAAGUGAAUGGUGCAGUUCUUGCUGCAGGGAAUUUCAGUGUGUGCUGCAAGUGGUCUCCUUCAAUAAAUAGCAGGUAUGGCAAUUAGCUUUAAAUUAUUUAAGAGUUUUUCUGUAUCUCUCUUCUUAUACCGAAAUAUGGGAAAUAUUAUAUUCCAAUAAUGUAUUGAAAUUGUCUUGCCUGCAUCAUUUUGUUGUUGCAAACUUAACUCCUCUAUCUUUAGGCUCAUGGCCCAUUUCAAGCAGCAAGCAUGUCUGUGACAGAUUUGACAGAACAACUGGUCCAAAAUGAACAGCUGGUAGCACAACUCAAAGAACUUGUCAGGGACAAGGAUAAUGAGUUAUGCCUUAAAGAACAACAGUUAAAGGUAUUGUAUAUGUACAUAAAGUUUGUUUAUUAUUAUAGAAAUGAAAAUGAACUCAGUUGUCUCACGAGCAAGUUGCUCUAAAUAUUAGCUAAAAGUUGCAUUUCAAAAUGGUGUCUCAACAGUGAUGUUAAUUAGCAGGUACAGAUUCCAUCUAGUUUAAGUUUUGAUAACUUGCCAGACUUGUUUGUCACUCAAAAUGCAAAUGUAUUCCAAGUAUGAACAGAUGCUGUUAAUAAACCCAGGGUUAAGAUUAUCCAUUCCAAAUUGCUAAUGGUAACUGUAAUGUAUAACUCCACUUAAGGCCUAAAGCCACCUGGUUCUGCUGUUCUUUCAGUGGAAAAAUUGGCUUUGUAUUUUGUUAUUUUCAUAUAUGUAGAUCUCUCUCUAAUGCUUGUAAGUUAUUUGUUUGAGCAGAUUGCAUUUUGUCUAAAAAAAUAAACUGUUAAUAAUCUUCAGGCACAAAAAGAAGCUUCUGAAGCCAAGAUUUCCAAAUUAAAGCUGCAGAACAAAGCCAAAGUAACAUCCUUAACAGCACAAUUAGAGGAACUCAAAAAUCAAUUAUCAGGAGACGAAACCCAAGAAGGAAAUUCUGAGCAAAAGAGAGUGAGUUCUAUCCUUAAAAAAAUAUCAAAUAGGCAUUGGUAAUGUCUUGGUUUGAUCUCUCAAUAUCUGUUUUUAUAAACCUGGUUACACAUACACAAUGUGUGCAUAUGCAGAUUUGGGUAAGUGAGUGAUACCAUGCAUCUGUCUGGUGCUUGGUUUAUUGCUUUUGCUGAAGUGGUUACUGCAAGUUGCUUCUUAAGGUAAUCAGUGACAUCUUUGCAGCAGUUGAAAGUUUGUGACGAAAACAGCAAGCAAAGCUCUAGCUGUGUGUACAUGUUACUGGUUAUGAUCCAGGUUUUAACUGUGCAAUCCUAUCCAUGCUCACUCAAAAGUUAGUCCCAUUGUGUUCAAUUAGACUAAGGCUACAAUCCUAACCCCAUUUUCCCAGGAGUAAGUCCCACUGAAUUCAGUAAGACUUAACUUCUGAAUAGACAUGCCUAGAGUUAUUCCCUAAUAAGUGUGUAUGUAUUAUGUCUAAUGGAGAAAAAUAGUCUUCUUAUAGUACCCCUGUUUUUGAUAAUAGCCCAAAUAAUUCUCCUUUUCUUUUAUUUGAGGCUGCAAGUCGUGGAAAAAUCUUGGUACUUAAAAAGAAAGUUGAGGAACUAGAAACAAAGAAUGCCCAAAAAAAUGAAGAGCUGCAGAAAAAGGUAGUUGUUUGUUCAAGGUUGUAAUGAUUUUGUUUAUCUAGGGUGUUUGCAUUAUGUCUAAAAACUGAGCAGCUAUUUUUAUGUUUUAAAUUAGAUUUCUAUACUGUACCAGUGUUCAUUUGAGGAUCGCAGGGCAGUUUUGUGAAGCUAGCCCAUAUUCAUUCAAACUGGCUUGUAGUAUGUUUAUUGGCUCUAAAAUAUUAAGAAUUCCUGAAGUUGAUAAUAUUUAAAUUCCAGAGAAGGAGUGGAUUUUUCAGUAGUCAUCCAUAUCAGGCUUCCAGUUGAGAGCAAGGGUUUGGACCAGAUGAUCCUCAGAGACCCUUUCAACUCUUACGAUUCUAUAAUUCUCUGCCCAUUCAACCCACAAUGUUACCAGCUGUGGAAUCAGUAUUGGUGAUGUUGGUGUUUUUGAAGUAAUACCAGUAGCAGAAAUCCUUGUUAGUAACAUUCCAGUACCACACAGAAAUGAAAGAGACAAAUUUGCCCAUCUUGGCCAACCUAGCUAUUGAGUAUUUUGUGGGUGGGAAAAGCUGAAAACAGGGAAUGAUACUUAGAGGAGAGAAAGUAAUAGAAAACAAAGAAGAUAAAUGAAGCUGAUUUUAGUGGGUAGAUAUCUAGUGUGACCAGCAACAACAUUUCUGAUUGUUUCUAGAUUGAUGAGUUGGAUGCUGCACACCAGCGUGGUGCUGAAAUGGAUGCUAUGCUUGCUGAGAAGCAAAAAAAAUUAAUGGAAAAAGAAGCCUUCAUAAUUGAUUUACAGCUAGCCUGUGGAUCAGCUGAUGCCAAAGAAGUACUAAUCCAAAACAGUGAAUUAAAGGUAUAUUUAAGCUGUGAACCUAUAUAAAAAGUGCCAUCUUUCCCGUUACCUAGGGUGUUCCUCUGCUGAUGCGGCAACUUCUCAGCAUGCUGAGCAUUAUUCACGAAAGUAUAAGCAUCCAAUUGUCUCAAGUAUAAAGUACCGUAUUUUUCGCCCUAUAGGACUCACCGGCCCAUAGGACGCACCUAGAUUUUUUUGGGGGGGGGAAAUAAAGGGGGAAAAAAAUAUUCCCCCCCCCAGGGGCGGGGCUGGGGCGGGGAAAGCCCGAGCUUUCCACGACCCCAGCCCCCAGAACGGGAGCCAGAGCGAUGCUGAAGCUGAGCGCAGUUUCGGCAUCGCUCUGGGAGCUUGCGCGGCUGCGGGCGGGGGAAGCCCGAGCUUCCCCCAACCCCAGCCCCCAGAACGGGAGCCAAAGCGAUGCCGAAGCUGAGCGCAGCUUCGGCAUCGCUCUGGGAUCUUGUGGGGCUGGGGGGAUAGCUUCCUGAAGCCUGGAGAGCGAGAGGGGUCGGUGCGCACCGACCCCUCUCGCUCUCCAGGCUGCAGCGAAAGCCUGCAUUCGCCCCAUAGGAUGCACACACAUUUCCCCUUCAUUUUUGGAGGGGGAAAAGUGCACCCUAUAAGCGAAAAAUACAGUAAUUGCUGCUACUUAUAAAUACUUGUUUGUCCAUGCUGUUAAUCUGAUCUGGAUGAUUCUCAUCCUAGUCCUCUAACUGUCAUUUCUUGUGAACUUCAAAGAACCAACUAUCCACAAAGGAGGCUUCAUUGCAGAGUAUGCAACUUCUGGUUCAGAACCUUAGCAAGAAAGUUGAAGACAAUGAACAAAGAUGCAGCUGCCUCCUGGAAGAAAAUGAAAACCUUAAAAGCAUUCAGAUUAAAGAGAGGGAGCAUUUCCAGGAAAGAGAAGCAAUGUAUACACAAAAUGUAAGCUUGCCUUUGGCAAAAACAAUUAAUUCUUCGAUGUUUGGGAUUUGGCUCCUGACUAUAGGGCAAAGUAUUGCAAAAUUUUCAUAUACUGCUUUCUGUGUUUGAAGCAGACAACGCACAUGUGACACAAAAAAAGCUUGCAUGCUUUGUGUUGGUUGUGGCUAGAACUGUAAUUACACAAAAUUAGAAAACUUCUAUAGCAUUGUCCAUGGAUUGUUGAUACAGUCAGCCAAGGGUGUGGAAACUGGAUCCACCAGUUCCUUCCUCCUCUCACUCCCUACGGGCCUAUUUUUGACAGGUGGAUUGGGUUGCCCACCUGUCAAUCACUUGAUAAAUACAGAACAAUUGUAAACAGACUUCAGAGGGGUUUUAGGUGUCCAUAAGCUUAUCGGUGCUGAGGACUGUAAAGGCUGCACUAGUGAAUUUCUGAUGGGGAACUUCCUAGAGCAGUUGAUCCCUGUGGGACUCCCUGUCAGCACCAGUUAGCUGAUCUGUACUAAGGGGAGGCCUGCUUGUCAAGGAAGAAUCAGGAGCACACUUGAAGUUCCUGAUUGUUCCCUGGUGGCUGCUUCUUUACCUGCUCACACCUGCUGACACAAUGCUGUCAAAUGUAGUGCAGGUUGGAAUGGGUUGGUGAAAAUGGCUUUUGGGGGCCAAAGUAGGAACCCUGCUGGGCCUAAUUAGGUGUGCUGGCUGGAGAUACCCUGAUGCUGUAGUAGUGUUUGGAAGGCAGCUGUAUCCGAGAAGCUUUACCUGUGAGAUACGUAGGUUCAAAAGUAUAAUGAAUCCAGAAUAAUAUUUUGCUAUGUGAAAUGAGUUAAUUUUUCACACUAUGAAAAAUAGACUGCCCCUUAAAAAUUCAUUUAAAUUUGGAAAUAUCAAUAGUGGGCAAAGUCACUAAUUCACAUUCUGAAGAUUGGUGUUGACAUAUACUGGUACUGGUAUCAUUAGCACUAUAAUUUCUUAGUGCUGGAAAAUGGGAAAGGAUCUUCUGUUGAAUCUGUAACUUUAAAAAAGUGAUGUCAUUUUGUUGUUGAGCUGUUCGCUAUUUAUUGUUUUGUAUUCUAAAGUUUCUUAAUGAAAAAGAAAAGGAAAAGUUGAAGGAGCCCUGAAGAAACUUGGUUAGUGAACAUAAUGGAAAUCAAGAAUAUUUUUGCAGUAUGUUAAAUGAUACUAAUGUGGGAUUCUGUGUCUUUUUAGACACAGAGUGAUUUUUUUUGCACAACAUUUGUGCCGUUGUUUCUCAGUUCCUACAGCACAAAUAAUCUAUAUGUCGUUCUUCAAGGUAGGACUUCAAGGAGUUUCCUGAGCUAACUUCUUUUAAUCCAAAAUUGUUCUAAUUUUAGGGGAAUAUUAGUAGUCACGUAAUGAUAAAGUUGAAAAUUCAAGUUUUGAUGAUGUUGUUAUGUAUACAGUGGUACCUUGGUUCCUGAACGGCUUGGCUCCUGAACGCCGCAAACCCAGAAGUGAGUGUUCUGGUUUGCAAAUGUUUUUGGGAAGCUGAAUGUCCAUUUCAGCUGCCAGCAUUGUUUCCCGGGCCAGUCAGCCAAUCAGAAGCCGCACCUUGGUUUGCGAAUGUUUUGGAAGUCAAACGGACUUCCAGAACAGAUUGAGUUCAGGAACCAAGGUACCGCUGUAGAUCAGUUGUAUAGAAACUUUUUUGUUCUGCUUUUAAGAUCCACGUGUUUCAGAAUAUGAUCUUGGAAAAGGAAAAAGAGCUCAUGGGAGUGGCCCAGAAACAUGAGCAGGAACUCUUUAAGCUGGCUGCCAAAUCAGAUGCUAGUGCUGAUCUAGAACAGGUAGGUGAAAGGGUGUUUUAGUCAACAGUCUAUAAUCUAUGUGUCGUUUUGUAUCUAUAGUCAGUACACUCAUGGAUGUGCAUAACCUCUCAGUUAAAUCAUUUCUGUCUCCAGAGAGCAGAGCAGAAGAACACACCCUAUUUCUCUUAUUUAGGCAAACAAAACCAGUCCAAUAUUCCUUCUGUUUUCUUUUCCCGUCCUUUGUAACCAGCCUUCAGUUUUGAGUUAUGGGCUCUGUCUUGGGACAUUCUCUGAUAUUUCUCCUGCAGUCACUAAGCCCUCACUGUAGGUACCAAUAACUUGUUUAGUUUGUUUAAAACUCCACUGUUGUUACUUGUUGUCCUAUAAACAGAGUUGUAGCAAAGUGAAACAAAAUUUAUAGUGAUGUAGGGAGAAUUGUAGAGGACUUGGUGGGAAAUGUAGAGAUACAUUUUCAUAGUUUUAGGGAUUGAGUUUCUCCGCCUUUGAUACCCUUAAGAACUGUUGGUGUUUAUAGUUAAUACUUCUGAAAUAGAUUACUCCUAUAAUUGCAUACAUCCUACAAAAGUGAAAUUUAGUUAUAUUAAGUGGAUAGAGUUGGCAGGGAUGCAAGUAGACAGUUCUUGAGAAACUCUGUUUUCUCCCAUUCCAUAAAAUAAAAUCCUUUCAUCCGCGACAGCUACUGAAAGCCUUGAAACAGAAGCUACAUGAAAAAGAAGAGGUUAUGCAAGGAAGGACACAGGUGAUAUUCAUGUUGCAAAAAGAACUGGAUGGAAAGGACCAGCAGCUAAAAGUAAGGAACAGGGGACAAGGAUUGAAAAGUUACAAGCAAUUUGGUUGCCAACCUUAUUUAGGCUAAUAGAAAAUAAAGUAUUUGCAUGCAUUUGACUAUAUUCAUGGGUAGCUUUAGUAGUAGUAGUAGUAGUAGUAGUAGUAGUAUUGAUUAUACUUAGGAGACCUGUUGGGUGAUAAACAACAUAGAAGUUGAAAAUAAAUAAAUAAAUGUUAUAAACAAGAAAAAAAAUCAUAAGGAAAAGACAACACAUAAUUUAAAAAUCACCUUUGCCAAAGAAAAAUGCAGUGGUUAUACUUUUUCAUUAUUUUAAUUAUUUCACAUUGGAUAUGGUUCCUGCUUGAGUGUUGAGAUAAUUCUGAAAAGAAAGGAAAAAACCCCUAAGCAAAUAGUCAAGUAAUUAUAUAUCUGACAUAAUGUUUGGAAGAGCAGCUUAGUCUCAUGUGAGUUGCUUGCUGUUUCUUCCAGAACAUUUUUGCAGACAGCAGAUUCAAUCUGAUUCUCUCUUCUAGAAAACUUCAGGGCAGGUUGUACAAUCUGAUGUGAAAUCCAGAAUCCAUUCCAGGCAUUUGCAGAGUUUGUGCAUUAUCUCAGGCCUCUGAUAAAGUGAAUGGAAGGUGGUAUCUCCUCUCCAAAUUAGAAGCAUGUGGCCUGUGGACAUGGGGCUUUCUGCACUGGGAGUUUCUAGUCAUUUGUGGACUGGAACAUGCUGCAGAGGGACCAGGGCCUUCCAUUCAAGAAAGGAUUCCACAUCAGUCAGCAGCUGGAAUUAGGGUCUGAAUGCUUGUUAAAAUGAAGUGUGGUGGCAUCUCUAAAUGCUGCUCCUACUUCAGAAAAUAGGAUCUGGUUACUUUUAUGGCAGAUGUAGUAUUAGACAGAUUUGAGAUAUAUACAAAAGUGUGUAUGUAUGCACAAUAAAUGCAUUUCCCAAAUUAUAAAAAGGGAAUUGUGUUUCUGUUUAAAAUAUUAUUGUUUUUUAAUUCAGGAAAUUAAUGAAUACCUGAAUCACCUCCAGUUAGAGAAAAACAACCUCCAGUCCAAACUAGAUGCUGAAAAGCAUAUAAUGCGAGCCCAGCUAAGAGACAUGAUGGAGAAACAUGAGACUGAACUGCGAAAAGUCAGAGAGAAAUAUGAUGCUGACAUGCAGGAGAUCCGAGAGAAGCAUGAAACAGAGCUGCAGGAGAAAGACCAAACCCUGAUUCAGCUUCAGAAGCAAUUGGAACAAUUAAGUUCCGGUGACAAAAGUAAUUUAGAUGUUGCAAUGAAACAAACAUUGGCGAACCUAGAAGGUAAACUACAGUAGCUCUUACAAUGACUUGCUCAAUGCAUUGAAUUCAUACUAAGUCUUCUGAUCACACACUCAUCCUGUGUAGCCUUUUUCAUAGACCAGGGGAUGGGGGAAGAAUGCAGCCAUGAGGCUUGCUUCUUUGUACUGCAAUGUAUCUAAUCUAUCACAGUGAUAUGCACAACAUGGUAAGUCAAACUACAGCCUAGCAAAAUAGCAGAAAUAUGUUUCCUGGAUGGGAGCUCACAGCCACUUUGCUCCUCCCUGAUGCUUUUUACUGCUGUGCUGUGCUGUGCUGUGCUAAGACAACAUUUGGCAUAGUGUGUCAUCUGAACUGGGGCUCAUGGUUAAACUCUCUACUUACUAACCAUGAUCUGUAGCCAGGAACAAACCCACAUGUCCAUGCUGUUUUGCAAAGCCAUAGUUCAUCUUACUGGGCUGUGCAAACCUGGUCAGUGUAAAGCAACUCUUAGUAAUUCUGAAAAGUCACAUUUGAAUAUGGCUUAUUAAUUUCUUUUUUUAAACUCGUACUGUUGAUACUUAAGUAAUCCUAGCUAAACCUAUAUAAUCCUGGCUAAACCAUUACCACAUUUUUAUAGUGAUAGUUUUGCAAUAACUCUGAAUAAUAACUGAGGUUUUUGUUUGUUUAAGCUCAAGCGAAACUAAAAUCAGAAGAGGCCAGCAAAUCUGAAGCUAAGUUCCUCAAGAUGAAAGCUUUGUACAAAUCCAGAAUUACAAAGCUUGAAGAUGAGCUUAAAAAUGUAUGUAAAACUUCAAAACAAAUGUGCCAGAGUGUCAAGAAAAAUAAAUACAUUUCUCCUGAAGUAUACCAAAAUAUGUUAUUAGUUGAACAGUUAGUGUAUUAUUGGGUCAUUCGGCUACAAACUAAUUUUAUCAAUGUGUUUAUAGAAAAAUUGAUACUUUGGAUUGAUACAGAUGUGGCAGAGAUGUUAUUAGAAGAGUCUGAGGUUCAAUUUAAUGUUUUGUUUAAACAUACCUAUGUAUUGGGGGAAAAUUAACAAAGAAACCAAAUUUUUUUGGGAUAGGCUACAUCAUCAAAUAAGAGUGUAACUGCCUUGCAUGACCGGAUUUCAGAACUGGAACAGGAAAAGGAAGAGCUGCAGUCUGCACUACAAGCUUUUUCUGAACUUAAAGCUCAGAAUGGUAAGAAGUGACAAAAUUUCUCGGUCUUUCUGAUAAUGUUGAACAGGUGUCUCUUAAGAUAAUAUCAGAAGAUAGUGUUUAGAGUUUCAGUCCCCCCCCCUUCCACUUACUAAAUUGCAAACAAUAAUUAGCCUUAGAAGUAAGCAAAUAAAGAUCAACAAGAUAUAUGGAACUGGAUUUUAAACCAUUGUCAGCCUGGUAUGCAGGUUUAUUGUGUGAGAUAUAACCAGUUGGGCUUCCUGGCUCAAUUUUACUUCUUCUUUGGUAUUUAUAUGUUGUGUGAUCAAAACCAUGUAAGUGAGACUUACAUCCAAGUAAAUAUUGAUUUAUGAUUGCAGUCUAUUUUUUUCUUUUUUAAAAAUGUAAAGACAUCUGAGAGGCCCUCAUCCAGAGAAGCUUUAGCAAGAUAGCCAGCCACACAUGCAGUGGAGGCUCGGAGGUUAAAAACAGUUUGUGAUUACUCAGCAAAAGAUUGGCAGUCCAGCUGGGGCCAGUGGAUCACAGAAAGCAACCAUUGAUCGCACUGAGAUUAUUUACUAGGAUACAGAGAAAUUAUUUGGACAAAUUUUUCAAUACUGCACUUCUUUGUCUGUAGAAAUCAUUCUUACACUAAAUAUUUCUGUGAUUGUAGCUUGAAUAUAAUUUUUUUCAACUAAAUAUUUUCCCCGGUAAAUAAUUGUCUUUAAUAAUAAUUGUCUUUACAGAAGAAUUGCUGGAUAAGCUGGAAGUAUACGAACAGCAGCAGCAAAAAUUGCAAGCAGACCUUGAACAAGUUACAAAGAGGGCAGCUUCGCAGGUCUGCUACUGUUGGGGUGUACUGAAUUUAGUUGAAUUGCUAUUAGUAGAAAUAGUGAAGUAUAGUUAUGUAGAGAACUGGAAAACUGUUAAAAAAUGGUGUACCAAAAAUCUGGUGAAUCGUUAGCAUAGGUUUCUGUAUUGUUAUGUUUACCAUAUUGGUUUGUUUGCCUAUUGCAUCUAAAGAAAGCCUGUUGCUGUUUUUUAUUUCAACCUAUUUUAUAGCCUGUGAAUGGGCCAGUCUUUCCACUUUUCUGUGCUGGUCAGGCCUGAUUCCAAGGAUGGUCUCAAUUAGCCUUCAUUCUCCCACCCCUAUACUAUCGCUCCCACUGGACAAAAAUAGGCCCCCAUCAAAGGACAUGGAGCCCACCUUCCCAAUGCAAUAUUAAAAUUUCAGUUUUUAUUUCCCCCCUAAACUGGAUAUUUACUUACACUCACAGAACCAUAGAAUUGUAUUUUGUUGAUCUGUUAGGUUUGUGUGAAGGAAAACUUGAUUUAUAUGGCGUUUCUGAUGGUCAGGUUAUUCAGCUCCUCAUAUUUCUUGAAUUGGUUGUAUUAUUUCCAUAUCCUGUCUUCACUUGCUGCAGGCUAGUGAAUCUGAUAGUGUGGAUGAGCUGCAGAGUCAGCUUUUGGAAUGGCAAGAAAUUGUAACUGAGUCUGAAGAUGCACACAAUCAAAUCAGAGAGGAGAAAUCUGCUAUGGCUCUAAGAAUGUCACAGAUUGAAGAGGAGAGAGAAGGUGAUUUUGAUUUGACAUUAGGUCAUUUUGUUAGGUUGGAAAAUAUUGAAAGCAAAUUGACAGUGUCACCCAAAAUUUAUAUCUGUCUUCUAUGGAUCACUGUUGUAGUGAGAAUUAUGCAGCUGGACAUAUAGUAGUAUCUGACUGCUGCUGCUGUUGUCCAGUUUAUUGAACUAGCCUGAUCCUAAGAGUUAGAUUUAGCUCCAGAAUUGCCUACUACUGCAGCUAAUUUUUAAUUGUAAUUUAAUUGUAUUUUUAUUUUGUAUUAUUACUAUUCUGUUCACUGAUUUGUGGGGCUUUGGGCUAAAAAGUGCUAUAUAAAUAAGCCAUAAAAUAAAUACAAAUAAAUAAAAUGUCUGAAAUGUUGUAAAUGGGGCAAAGUUGUUCAGUCUGCUUGCAGGGCCAUCAAAAGGUAGUGAAAUUAGACUAAAUUUUUGCAAGAGUGCAGGAAGUUCAGAAUAACUUCAACCUUUGGAUCCAGCUAUAAAGGGUUCUUUUGGCAAUCUCUUUAUGACAGCUUUGCUCUGAAUAAGUCCAUUGUGUGUACUAUGCAGAUUCUGGAAAAGGAGCACUGCAACAGGGCUACUGUCAUCUAGUCUCAUGAUCAGGCUGCAGGAUUUAAUCUGGUUUUAGAACUAUAAAGGGGGAAUAUCCUUUGAAUUUCCACAAUUGCACAUAAUUCUUUAUCUGUGGGCAAUGGACAACUCUUGAUAAUGGAGCAGAGAGUUGCCCAACAAAAUUCAUGAGUCCUAGAGUUUCUUAUCACAUGUUUCUGUUAACUAGACAGAUGUAUAAAUGAUGUAAAAAGACCUAAUCAAAGUGACACUUGUCACUUUGAGCAACAAGUAACAUCGCCAUUCCCAUGAAGUGUCUACAGUAUUAAACUAACAGGAGCAAUCUAUGCAAGGGCAAAUCUUAGCAUUCAUAGGAAUGUUGUACAAAGACUCAUGAUUGUCGUAUUUCUGAAUGCCUUACCUUGGGCAUUAGUUAAAUUAGCGAUUAGUUGUGUAUUUUUUCCUUUCGUGCCGAUUAUUUGGACCCAAGAGCCCCAAACUUAUACAAAUGCAAUACCAAAUUAAGGGAGCGUGGGGGCUCAAAUAUUUUGUUAUGUUUAAGCCCUUAUGCAUUAAUAUGGUCAAAUGUUGAUCUCUUUGUGUGUCUGAUCAGUAUUUAAUUUUGCAUUUCCCCCCUGGGUUAAGCAUGAUGUUUCUGUUUUGUUUCCCUCCCCCUCUUUGCGGUUAAACCUGAUGAGCACUUGGUGUCCCUUCCCCCUCCACUCCUAACCUACACUGCGAUUUGGUCAGCCACUGAGAACAUAGUUUCCCAUCAGUUUUGUGCAUGCAGGAUUCUGCAGCCACAACAGCUUAUGGUGUACUGUUGCUGAUUUUCCUCUGUAAACAGUCUUUCGUGGGAAAUCUUCAAUAGUGUGGUAUAACAGUUGUUUGUGGUGGCAUGUGUCCCCCCCCCCUUUUAUUAAGAUAAAUAACAAAUGCCGUUUUAAACUCUAUUUUCUUCUCCUUUGCAAUGCUUAUUUCUUCAUUUAUGUUAACAAAAUCAUCUUCAUUCUUUGUUGUACUAAUAGCUGACUCCAUAUUUACCAGACAAAUUGCACAAUUUAUAAUAAGUCAUACUUUCAGUAUUAAAAAGUAUGCCUGUAGGGGUUUUUAAUUAACAUUUUUGGAGGGCCAGAAAUAUGAAUAGAUACUACACUAAAUAUUUCAAAAGAAUAUUCAAAUAGUAAAUGCAGCAGUCAUAUUUUUUUAUUAACAAAUCAAGCUUUCAUUUGAAGACAUAGCCCUGUAAUGAUGUUACUAGUAUGGGCCACUGCAAAGCAUCAUGAACAGGACUUACAUAGGUGUAAAUGUCACUGCUCUCAAGGCAUUAGAACACAAUCCCAUGAAAGUAUUCUUUCAGGGAGUUUUAAGGCUAGAAACAGAUGGUCAGUUUUCCCCACCCCAGUAAUGUUGAUCAUGGUUUAAAGAGUGAUAUCUUCUUGCUAUAUGUGCAAUUUUCUUACCACCCUUGCCUCUGGUAAAGGAUGUUUGGUAGACAUCUUAUUAUUUCCAACACCUGUCUAUCUAGAGCUAACAGUGGGAGAAAAGAAAUGUGUGUAUACCAGAAGAACCAGAGCUUUUCUAAAAUCACAUUCAAGUGGCUUGAAAACUAUUUUAUAUCUCCAGCCCUAGCUUAGAUUUCUUAGUGAAAUCAAAAGUUCUGAUUUUUUUGUGAGAUCAUGCUCAAAGUUUGUAACAGCAUGGCACUGCUAGACAGACAGGUAUUGCCUGCUUCAUCUAUUUGUAGCCCUAAGUCUGAUAACUUGAAAAAAAAAAUCAGAAAAAAAUCAGGUUUCCCCCCCUAAGCUGCAGAGCUUGACUAAUAGUACCAAAUACUUCUAAAUUGUUUUGAGCAAUUUGUAAUGAGAUUCUUUCAUUGGUCCUUAGCUCUUGUGGGUUGGUGUGUUGACUUGCAGGUGCUGAAACUUCAUUAUAACUAAUCUUUAUUGACACAUAACUAAAAUGUAUAUAGUUGUAUUGGAAAGUUCACAUUGUGUCUUAAGUUGGAAAGCAUAUUGGUAUCAAAUAUCGAAAGUAAACUGCCCUUUUAUAGCUCUACCUGCUAUAAUCAGCAGUGGAAGCUAUACAGUAUUCAACUCUGGGUUGUAUCACAUUUGUGUCACACACUGUAUCAAACCAUUCCAUAGCUACCUGGGUGCUCUUAGGCACUCACAGAAUUUCCAUGACUCCUCCAAAGUGCCUAGUUCAAACAGAGAGCACAUCUACCUGUGUGAGAUUGGCCUUUCUGCUUCCACUACUUUAUGCUAUGGCCUGCACCAUUUCCCAACUCUGAGUGUCUUUAAGGAGGAGUACGGAGGUGCAUUAUUGAGGAGGAAUGGGUUGGGGAAACCCUGUUGCAUGAGCAGAGUUCUGGGUUUCUUUAGAGUCAAGCUCGAGUGUGAGAGAUUCCUGGCUAUUUCGAUUUUUGCUUUUUUAUGCUUCUGUGUGAGCCAUCUUGAGCUGUGAGAAACCUACAUAUAUAUAUAUAUGUUAAUUAACUAAAUAUUCCCUUCAGUAAUGCGGGCAGAUCAUACAUUCAAGGAAUACAGAAAUUUCAGCACUAGCAAGUCAAACAUAAACUACAUAAGAAUGAAUGAAACUACUGAUCAUGAAAAAUGAACCUGACAGUGCCAUUAAAGUUAAUUUGCACACAUGGGACUUCCUGUGUGUACAAGAGAGAGGUAGACAGAUUCUAGCAGCAGUGGUUGGUGAGGAAGGCCGUAGUUAAUGCACAAACUUUCUGCCAGUGGAGUUGCUGUCGCUUACCUAGAGGAGAAGGGCUGAGGUGAUUGGGGAGUGAUGCUCAGGUGCAUCAGCAGAGCCAAUCCUAUGCUCCAGCCAGUGCAGCCACACAGUACCAACCUCCUUGCCGCCUUGCUACUCUGCCUCCUAGUACGUGGCAGUGACUGUGCUGUUAGAAGGCUAGGGGCACAACUCUGACCCUCCUCACUGACUACUCCUGGAGUCUAGAAAUUGAAAAUAUUUAACUUUUGGAGCCAAGUUUAUUGGCAUUCCUUUAGUACCAGCCAUUAUUUUCUAGAAAUUUUCUUGAAAUGCCUGAGAAAAUAAAUGUGGAGUUUUAAUUGACAAAUUGUGAUAGAGGCUGUGUUGCAGUUUUUCCAGAACCUAAUUUAAUUCUUGGCCAUGGGACAUUUCUCAUACUACACAACAAAUAGAGAACAACAACCAGCCCAUGCCCCUGAUGAGUGUACCUCCAUGUAACUAAAAACAUGCUGCACAUCUGAAAAGACUUGAUUAGUCUAUGAUCAACAUAUGGAAAGUAGACCAAAUUGCUCUAUUCUUAUACAGAUUCCUGUACAGUUUAUUAAAUCUAGACUGGGACAUAGUUUGUACCAAAUUUAUUCAGGUGUUAAUCUUGAAUAAAAAUACUAAUUUGCUGUAGAUGAUUAGUUGCGAUUGAGUUCUUGUUUUAGCAAUGGAUAAAGUAUGGAGCCAACUUUUGCCUUCAUUCCUUUAUGCUGACUUUUGUCUGCUUUAUAUGAAACAUCUAUCACAUACAUGUACCGCGUUGAUCACGCAAAACAGAUGGGAAUGUCCUUAAAAUAAAAUAAAAUAUAUAAAAAUAAUCUUUCAGAAUAGAUUGCAUUAAUUUUAGCUAUUGAAAUUACUGUCUGAAAUUAUUGUGUGCUAUUGACAAAUUAAUUGAUAUGGCUUGAUGCCAGUUUGCAGUGUAUGAUGCAGACUUGUGACUUCCUCAUAUUACCUGGAACGAGAGCUUUCUUUAAUAUUAAUGUAUAAGCAAGGCUUGCUUCCUUUUCAUAAAGUGAAAGCAUAGCUGAAUAAUAUAUGCAUAGGUGAUGCAUUUUACCACAUAUCAGCUAUAUCUGAACACUGAAAACCUGUAGGCCUAAUUUGGUUAUAUAAGUGGCUGCCCUCUUUGCUGGUAUCCAUAUACAAAUUAUUUUUCUUCGGAUGGGGAAAUUGCCUUUGAGAUUUUGUAUCCUCUAUGGCUUCUAUUAAAAAGAAUGGCAUUCAAAUUGUCCCCAUGUGCUGUGUAGAGAGGGAAAUCACAAGGUGAAUGAUGAUAUGGAGUGUGUCUAUUCCUGCCAAUCCUUCAUAAGCCUCUGUCUGUAUCACUGAUCCCCUUUUGUGAAUGUGUACAGUAUGUUUGUCUGAUGUAUGAUUGCUUUCUUGUGGCACAAAACUGAUUGAGGAUGACUGGUUCUUUCCUGGCUGCUCUGAUCCAGCCAUAGUCUCAGGGCAGCAGGAGUUGGAGGAGGAACUGGCCGCAGGUCAAGGGAUUGGAAGAAUGCAGCCGGAGGGAAGGAUGACUGCCCAGUCGAGCAGGAAACUCCAGGUAAGGUUGUUUGCAUUUUUGUAUGCACAUUUAUUUGAUGGUGUAAUCAGUAGAAAGACUUUUCCUAUUGUGCUCCAAGCAUAUGUGAUUCCUUAAUAUGUGGAGUGGGAGAUUGAAAAUGGAUAUGGUGACUUUGGUACUGGUACUAUUGAAACAUUGCCUCCUUUAAUCUAUUAUUGAAACUCUCCUUAGUGUGGUGUUGGCCGUGGAUGUUACAAUGUGCAUUUGACUGGUUGUUAAUUUCACAAUUUUCUUUCUCACCCUUGCCCCCCGCAUGUAGGACGACUAUGGCUUCAAUGGAAAACAUUGCUAUGAAGAGCUGAAUGUCACCAUGGAUAGUACAGAUUCAGCUGAAGGAGAGAACAUGGGAGGUUGGUGGCCAGAGUACACUUCCCCUAAUGCAGGUGUGACAACCACUAGACAGUUUAUUAAAGCAUGCACAGCGUCUGUUUUGUCCCAUUUUUGUUUCUCAAAUUCAACUAACAAACCAUGUUGUGUUGUGUUUGUAUCUAAGUUGAAAAUUUUUUUUGGCUUGCUUUUUUGUUUCAUUUUGAAGCAUGUGCGUGCUGGAUGAACUGUCUAGUUUUGGUUCAAAACUAGAACUCAAAUCGUGGUUUAAUACCUUGGUCUCUCACUUGUGAAUAAAGAUUAUUGUCAUUAAUGGUAAGAUUUUUUUUUUAAGUUCUAGUUCUUUGUUCUUGUGAAAAUGCUUCCACUCUUUUAGUCCACUUGUAGUCUUUGUUUCCCAAUUCUGUUUCAUGUUCCAGUUCAGAGGUCAGCAAACUUAUUUGGGAGGGGGCCGGUUCACCAUCCCCCAGACCUUGUGGCGGGCUGGACUGUGCGCAUGUGUGUGCGCGCAUGCAGCGGAAGGGGAUUCUCUCUCCCCCCCUCUCCCCCAGCCCCUCCCUCUGCCUACCUAUGGUGCUGUCGGCUGGUUCCAGAGAGGCGCUGCCUAAAAUGGCGCUCAGCCAGCUCAGCCCAGCCCCCUUCCUCCGCUACGCAGGGCGGGGAGAAGGGCAGGGAGAAGCCAGGAGGAGGUGCCGCGGUAUGUGUGGGGGGGAAAUGGCGCCCCCAAAAAAUGGCGCAGAAAAAAAAUUAACAAAAUUUUUUUUACGAAUAGAAUCCACAUAAUCCACGGACUGUCCGCGGGCCGGAUCUUGAGGGCAAUUGGGCUGGAUCUGGCCCACAGACUGUAGUUUGCUGACCCCUGUUCCAGUUCUUAAGAUAGCUCUAUUUGUAUCUCAGUGAUAGUUACGUUGAACAACCUAUACAUUUUAGAUGUUAAUAAUGAAGCAAACUUUCAGAAAGUAGGGUUGUUCUGCCAAGAUCUACUAAUGUUAUGAGUUACAUUAAAAAUAGGAAAAUUUCACAGGAGAUUCCUCUCCAGUUUGCUACUGACCUUACAAAUUGGGUAAAUAAUGGGUAAAUAAUGGGUAAAUAAUCUGUGCCUCUUGAAAUGAAAUAAAGGACAGAACAAAGUAUUUGCUUUUUAAAUUAAAUAUACAGAAAACUAUUUUCAAGAGCUUGAUUAAACUAAAAGCUAAUUGUUUAUACUAAGAAGCUCCCCCCAGUUUCUAAAAAAUACCCCAAACCAGUGAGAUACUUAAUGGUUUGGGCUUCAGUUGAUAAAUCAGGUUUUACUUGUUUAAUCAUUGGGAAGAAUUCCACUAAACUGAGCUCCUAUUUGCAUGUUAAGCUUGAGGGCAUAGUCAUUUACGUUAGUGAAGCUUAAAAUAGAAUGGAUUGAUUUCCAGAAGAAUUCUGCAUGAAAUGUAUAAUAUUGGACAGUAAAAUUAGAGCUGCAGUGUUUUGUCAAUUGAAUUAAAAUAUCAGGGGAAUAUCAGACAGUAGAUUUCUGUUUUCUGUUUUUAACAAAAUAAAAUUAUUUCAAAAAAUUAAUAGCAGAUGCAACCUUAGAGGCACUCUUCUGUUUCUAGAGAUGUACCUGAUGCAACCCAUGUGGUUGUUGUAUAAAAACAAAAUACAGUGUACCCUCCGGAUACGAAUUAAAUUCGUUCUGGGGGUCCGUUGGCAACCUGAAAAGUCCAUAGGCAGAGGUACUGCUUAUGCACACGUGUGCGGCGCGCAGAGCGCUUCUGCGCAUGCGCGUGCAGCGAAACCUGGAAGUAUACACUUCCGGCUUUGCCAUGUUCAUAACCCAAAAGUUACGUAUCCAGAGCUGUACGUAACUAGAGGGUCCACUGUAGUUCUUCAGAAUUAUUGUUAAUAUGCACAUUUAAAAAGCUUUAAUUAAGCAACUAAUGGAUUAGAUCAUACUAUGAGUUAAGUAAAAUGUCUUUAAAUUGGUGGCAGUUCAAAUAAAAUGUGUGUUUCACAUUAAAAAGGUUUGCGGACUGUCGUGGAAGAAUUAGAAUUGGAAAGAAAUCAGUUGCAAGAACAAAUUCUCUUCUUGGAGGAACGUUGCCAGGACUUGGAAGAUAGAUUGCAGCUACAGAGCAGACUGGAAGCUCUACAGGUACAUGCUAGAAUGGGAAAUAAUGUGAGGAAGGGCAUUUAGAUGCUUGCUACUAUUAUAGGGUGUCUUUUUUUUAAGAAAAGAGGGAGAUAUGCAACCAUAGCAAUAUUUUAACUUUAUAAAAGCAAAACCUUUAUUUUACCUUAUUUUCUCUUACUUUAUUCAAUCUAAGUAAUGCUUAAAUCUGUAUCCAUUUUGUUUACCAAAAUGCAAUUUAAAUAAUAAUGCCUGGAUUUCUGCCUCUUAAAUCCGUGAGAUAGGGGAUUACUCAUUACAUGAAAAGGAGUGCAGAGGAGAGGUGAUCAUUUCUACCCUCCCUCAUUGCGCUUUGUUUCUUUAAGUUGUUUUCUACUAGCCAGCCUUGAAAGUUAAUUGGACUGCAACAAAACUGUGUAAAGGAACACAAUGCAGAAGGAUAAAGCGGGGAUAAGCAUUAGCCAGUUGUUCCUCCAAUGCACCAUUUUAUGUAACAAAUAUACUCUUCUCUGCCACUUCAGAUGUGAAUUGGGCAGACAUAGAUAAAAUGCAUAUGGUUGCUGUUUGACAUCGAGUUUUGCGCUCAAAACUGUCUUGAGAAGCUACUCAAUAUUGCUUUUAAGUCACCAGCUGUUUCAUAUUUUAAAUCAAAUUUUAUUUAAAAGGGUAAAACAUAUAAUCUACAUAUGUGUUAUACAGGAAUAGAAUCCAUAUGGUUUAACUUUCACUCCUUUAUUCCUGUUACAAUUACUCCUAAGCAGGCAGUCAAAGAAGUUUCUAUUGGUGACUACUACAUGACUUUGUGGAAACUACAUUGUGGUGUUUUACUCUGUCACUAGUAACUGAUUAAGGUGUACAUGAACUCACUAAGAGAGAGACCAUCCAAAGCGAUUGGUGUGCAGUGUCUCCAACAAGCUGAGGACACCUAGUUCUGUUCUGCCCACCAUUAGAUAUUAUGUCCAGGUGCAGUAGGGCAAAUCCUUAAUUAGUGUUGGAGUGCAGAAAGGAUUUGAUGAAGGCCAACAAAUUGAAGUUGAAGCCAAACAAGACAGAUUGCAUCAGGGGCCACUUGUGACCUAGGAAGGUGGGUUUACUUGCAGUAAAAAGGACCAUACUCUCCCCAUCUGAAAAAGCAGAUUUGCAGACUAGAGUUUGCUACUGCUUCUUGUUCUAUUCCUGGAUCCUCGAGUGACAGCAGGAAUAAAGAGUACUUUUGAUCAGUUACAUCUAAUCAAUUGGCUGAUACUCUUUUCUAUUACUCCCUAGCUAAUGUUUGCAAGUGCAAUGACUUCACUUUAUUAAAAUAAGCCUUCCCCGUUCAUUGGCUGAACUACUGUGAAGUCAUGGAAUGCUCAAAGAUAUUCUGAUAGCUAAUGAGUUAAACUGCCAGUACAAAGUCCUUGGAAAAGAAGGACUGUGUGUUGUUGGUUGAAGAAAAUGCAGAAGCAGCAUAAUGGGUAGCGCAGAGCAGUUGCUCUAGCUUCUUGGAAAAUGGGUUACUGUUGUUUCCUGGGUGGUGCAAAUGCACCAGGAGGUGCGCUAGAUUGGCUUCACUCAUGUGUCCCCAUGCCAACUUCUCUGCCACCUGUUCCGCCCCAUUCCUGUAUGUGUUUGUGGCCAGGACAUUUGUGCAUCAGCUCCAUCUCACCCAACAAGAUGCUUCUGGUGAGAGCCAAGUACUAUUACAGCAGGAAUAAAUUACCCAGGUGUGUGUGUAAAUGAAUGGAGAAUGUGCAGUGUUGUUGACAAUACACUGUACCCCCAAAACAGACCCAUGAAAGUCAUAAGUCUUCAUGAAAAACAAGAAAAACAUACAAUGAACAUAGUUUUCUAAGUUUUAUACAAACAGUGUGCAAUUUUAAAUAUUAAUAUGUUCGUCUAAAGGUUCGACUAAUAGCUUCCUUAACAUACUAAAAUGCAUGUGUGUAAUGAGGGGUCACUCAAAAUAUUUUUCUCAUGCAGCAGAAUGUCAAUGUAUAUUGCAUUGUAACAGAGCAUUUCAAUACAGGUGGCAUUUGGUGUAGAGGAAGAAGGGCAGCUAUUGAGGGCUGUACAGGUGUGUCCUGCCCAUUCCCAAGUGAUAGUUUAUUUUACAUAGAAGUGAUAUUUUGUGUCUAACCUACCCAGCAUUUAAUUACAAUUUUGGAUUUUUCUGAGCUUCUUCUGGUUUUGGAUGGUGUGUUUUUGCAGUUUAAUCUUGUGUGUUAGUUUUGUGAAGCUGGGUAGACUAACAUAUUUAGAUGCCAUAAUAAAUUGACUGUGUCAGUGGAGCUUGCUUCAUUCCCUGUGGAUUACAUUCCAGAAUUUAUUUUAUACCUUGCUACUUCACACACUGGUUGAUUUUUGGACAAGUGCAAAGAAAAACAAAUAUAAUUCAGUUAAUUCUGUGUGGAUCAGUUAUGCUAAAAUUAAAAUUCUGUUAGGCAUCACUGGAGCUUCUUAAAAACAUGCCUUUUUUUUAGCAACAUCUGUUAAAAGUAAGCUUCUCCCACACAUUGCAUGUUUGCAUGGUGUGCUUUUAUAUGAAAUCAAUAUUAUAGGAUGUCUCUUUCCAUGUUGAUUGUCACAGGAUAAGAUCACCAGAAAUGAGGCAUUUCGAACAGAAUCUCACUGUUUCUACUGGGAACAAAGAUUUCUGAUGACAUUUUGCUGGUAGUAAAUGAGCUAUAAUGGUAGAAUCUAACUCACGUAGUUCAAAGAUAACCCUGUUUUAUAGUCAGUGCAAAUACCAGCUGUGUAAAUGAUUUUCUUACAGAAUGAAAAUGACCGUUUACAGUCCCAGCUAACACAGCUGCGCAACCAGCAAGCACGUGAUGCAGAAAAACACCAAGUUCUUGUUUCCAGUUUGAAUGAACAACUGAAAGGGUAAAAUAGAACAUUUAUAGUCCCUCCCCAGCCUCUCUACCUUAUAUCCCAUAUGUUAUUCAGAUCUGAACGUUGGUGUAUAUGUUGUCAAAUGUUUUUAAACUUUUACCUGCUGCAGAUAAUUGAAGGGGGGAAACCCUUUCAUAAAGAUUAUUUUCAUUCUUAGUUUUUUUUCUUGCAAUUAAUGGAAUAGUUGAUCUUGCUUUUAGAUAUAGACAGGGAGCUAUGUCUCCAAAUGUUUCCCAUAGUACAAUUGAUGUCCACAUAUAUUUGAGAAUGUUUAUCAUAAUAUAUUUGAUCAUUUAUUUUAUUGGUAGAUUAAAUGAAAGAAAUGGCUUGCUUGAAACUUUGCUUGGGGAAAAGGAGCAAAAGCUUUCAAGUACAAAUGAAAAGCUAGAACAGGCAGAAGACAUGAGAAAGUCAAUUCAUGAGAGAGACCUUCUAAACAAAGAACUAAGUGAAAAGCUUUUGCAGAGGGAACAAAAGGUGAGUUGUUUACAGUUCUGAGUCAGUCAAGUUGUACAGUGGUACCUCGGGUUAAGUACUUAAUUCAUUCCGGAGGUCUGCUCUUAACCUGGAACUGUUCUUAACCUGAAGCACCACUUUAGCUAAAGGGGCCUCCCACUGCUGCCGUGCCGCCAGAGCACGAUUUCUGUUCUCAUCCUGAAGCAAAGUUCUUAACCCCAGGUACUAUUUCUGGGUUAGCGGAGUCUGUAACCUGAAGCAUAUGUAACCUGAAGUGUAUGUAACCUGAGGUGCCACUGUAUUGUGUUCUGGGUCAAGCAGUUUGCCAUCUUUGGUAAAUACUCAGUAGUUCUUUUUUUUUUUUUACUCAGUAGUUCUUUGAACAUUUAAUUGCUCCCUCCCCUGGCAUUUUGGAAAUCCUUACAAUCCCCCAUGUGUGAACCAACAAUCGAAGCAUGUUAUAAACACUGGCAAAGUUAAGUAAAUUAGUUAAGUAAAUUUCCAUAGAUUGUACCCUGAACUAAAUAAAUGUCAGUAUACUUAUAUAAUGGACAAUAUUGUCCUUUUGUCACAAUUGAAUUGAAUUGUCACAAUUGAAAACAGUGAAUAAUGUUUCCCCCCCUGAAACUAGCUGGAAGAUGUCCAGAAGAAGUGCAGUGCUUAUGGAGAAGAGUGUGCAGAACAGAAAGCAGUUAUUACUGCAUUAACAGAAAAAAUAACCGCCUUUCAAGAAAAGGUAAAAAAGGGCAAACUUUUGUUGUGGCUUCUUACAUAAAUAGGUUGGAUUCAAUGAAGUUGUCUGGUUUGUGCAAGGAUUUCUGCUUUGGCAACAUAAUUCACCCUCCCCUCUUUCUUCCCCCCUCCCAAUUUGUUCCAGACCCUCCCGGAACAGGUUUGAAGUGGAGGCAUGCAGGGGUAGUAGAGAAAGGGCAAGUUGUGCAAGUGGAAGUCCUUGGGUAAACAGAGCAACUUCAUUAGAUACAAUCCAUUGUCUGUUUAGUGAUAUAUGUAAUAUAUGAGCAAUAAAAUAACAAAUAGCUAUAAACAGAACUGUAAAAGUAGUUUCAUUAGCCCAAGGAAACUUAGAGGCUCAUUUUUCCUGAAAAGCAGCUCCUUAUGCAUCAUAUCAAAAUGUAGUUGAAACAAAGUAAGAUGGCAACAGUAUAUGGUAUACACAUCAUAUCAUGUAUAUAUGAUAUGGUAUACAAUAAGAUACGACAACAGUUAAAAGAAAAAGUAUAUGGCAACAGUAUAUUAUAUGGAAAUAGGAGGUGGCCACUCAUCCAGUUGGGGGGGGGGAGAAAAGGAAAAUUAAAUUGCGUUAGCACCAUCCCUUUGCUACUUCCUCAAAAUUAUGGCUUUCUGGGUGAACCUAAACAUCUUUUUGGAUUCCAACUACAAAUAGUACUGUUGAGUUAAUAUUAAAUUUUGGACACUUAGACAUUUCCCCCCCUUUAUUUUUGUUUUCAGACCAUGAAACAGGAUGCUGCCAUAGAAUUAAUGCAACUGGAUCUUGAACAGACAAAUGAAGAACUUGAUAGAUUAAACACAAGUCAUUUAGAAGAGAGGUCUCAACUAAUUCAAGACCUCCAGAGGCGUGAAAGAGAAUUUGACAACCUCAGAGAGGUUUUAGCUGAAAAAGACAAAGAAAUUUCUGCUAUUACUUCAAAUAUAAAUGCAUAUUCUGAGCAGAUUAAUAUUCUGAAAUGCCAGAUCAAGUGCAAAGAGGAUGAAAUGCGAGACAUGGAAGAAGCACUGUUCAAGGCUGAAAGGGAAGCCCAGUUGCUGAAAGAUGUACAAACCGAAGAUGUGAACAGUGCAGGCAGAAAGCUUUCAGAACUUUCUGAGCAGUUAAGUGCAAUAAAAUCAGAACUGGCAGAGGUGAAAACUGAAAACGCUAUUAAAACAAAAGAGAAUGAAGAAUUUGUUAGGCAAAUCAAAGAGACUAGCCAAACAGUUAAAGAUCUUCAUUCUGCAAUCAAGACUCGUGAUGUUACUUACAACAACAAACUCAUGGAGUGUGAGUCACAAAUUAAAUUGCUUAAAGAACAAAUAAGUAAAUCAGCUAAAAAAUUGCAAGAAACAGAAAUAAAAUGUAAGGAGGAAACAGACCAUCUUAAAUCCCAGGUCGAUGAACAUAUCUCUGCAAAGGAGAAAUUGAACAAAUUACUAAAAGAAAAAGAAAACAAAGAACAAAGUUUUGUGAAUGAGCUGAAAUCAGUGAAAGAUUCACACAACCAGCUCACUUUAGAAAAUGCUAAAAAAGAUGAAGAUUUAGCUAAUUUAUCCAGACAACUUGCUGAACAUACUGAGCAUCUAGAAAUUGUCAAAAAGUCACUGCAAGAAAAAGCAGAGAUUGUGAUAUCCCUAAAAGACAAGCUCAAAGUUGUGGAGCAGCAAAAUGAACAGGAAAAGCUUAAGUUAGUUAGAGAACUGAAUAGCAAGGAAAUGCAGUGGAGAGAAGUUAAUAAUGAGCUGCAUGAAAAACAUGAAAUAAUUAAUAAGAUGGAAACCGAAAGACAAACUGUCAUCAUGACUAACAAGCAGUUACAAGCAGCUCUUGAGGAGAAAGAAAAAGGUUUUGCAGAUCAGCUUAAAGCCAGUGAAAAGCUUAGAAAUGAGAUACGUACUAUGGAGAAAGAGAAGCAACAGCUGAUUAGUGAGAAUGAGAGUUUGUCAAAAUUACUGGAUGUGAAAGAGUGUGAACUGUUAAUGCGUGUUCAAUCCAUGGCUGAGUUGGAGAGUAAGUUGUGUGCCAAUGCCACAGAACACCAGAAAAUGCUUUCAGAGGUCAGUCACGAUAAAGAGACUUUAAGAAGGAAAGUUGAAGAACUCUCAGGCCUUGUAAAGCAAAAAGAAAAUUCACUUGCAGAGCGGUUACUGGGGAAAGAGAAACAGUGUGGCAUUUUAGCUGAUGAGCUCUCCAGAAGCAGAGAGAUAACAAAGGAAUUGGAGAAAGAAAGACAGUCUUAUAUCACUCAGUUAAAGGAUGAGCAGCAAAACAAAGCAUUGCUUCGGACAGAGUAUGAUAAGAUGGUCCAACAGCUUAAUCGGGAGGAGGAAAAAACCUCAUCAUUACAGAAACAGGUUAAAGACCUAGAAAAUGAGCUUAAAAUAAAAAGCAGAUCUAUUGAAGAAAAAACUGAGCAUGGUGAUGCAUUACUUAAGCAAGUAAAAGAAAAGCAAGCUAUCAUGACUGUGUUAGAAAAAGAAGUAGAAAAGCUUAAAUGUGAUAACAUAAAGCUAUCUCAACAGCUUGAAGACAAAGACAGUACUCUAUUAUUUAAAGGGGUGGAGUUUGAGGAUCUUUGCAGGCAGAUUUCACAAAAAACAGAAGAGUGUACCAAAUUAAAUGAUCAGCUAGCACUAUUAGUGAAAGAAGUGGAUGUUUUGAAACAUGAAAAGGAUAGUGCUUUGGCUGUUUGCAAUGCUAAGUCAAAUGAAUGCGAUGCUUUUCAGCAUCAGUUAACACAGCAUCAGUCUGAAAUUGUGUCCACAAAACAUGAAGCUCAUAUGCUGAAAUUAGAAAAUGAAAAAAUGAAAGCAGAUAUAGAAAUAGCCAGUGCUACAUUAAUGAAAAAUUGCGAAGGACUAGUGCCCUUAAGUGCACAAUUGUCUCAGCAAACUAAUAAUAUUUUAGUUUUUAUGGACCAAAUUGACACCUUAGUUAGCGAAAUGAAAACAUUAAAAAGCAGUUUUUGUGAUAAAGAGGCUCUUCUUUCCCAGAGGGAAGUUUUGAUUCAGGAAAUGAAAGAAAACAAAGAUGUAGAUGAAAAGCAUAAUUUGCAAAUUAUUUCAGAUUUGCAAAGUCAAGUACAGGUUCUAGAUAGUGAAGUUAGUCAACUUACUCAGGAAGUGCAAGAGAAAGAGAAUAAAUUUAAGAAGCAAGAUCAAGAGUUAAAAUUACUUAAAAGUAAAUCUGACGAGUCUAAUUUUCUUAGAGUUCAACUGUCUGAGAAUAUGGAAAUAAUUUCUGAUCUCCAGAGUCAACUUAAAAAUAUGAUAGAAAACAAUGAAGUAUUAAACAAGUCAAUUACAGAGAAAAAUAACUUUUUAAAACAAAAGGAGAAGGAAUGUAUUGAUUUACAAACAUGUAUUUCUGAGACUUCCUCUGUGCAGCAUAAACUUGUACAGUGUUUGACCUCUGAAGCAGAAAUAUUAAAAGCAGUCAUUGUGGAGAAGGAGUUAGCAGUGAAUAACAUUUCACUGAUUAAUAGUGAACUGAAGGCUGAACUUGAAGAUAAAAAGAAUGAAUGUGAGACUUUGAAGACGCAAGCUACUGAUGCAGAAGAAUCAAAUCUUUGUUUGAAAAAGGAAAUAAGUGAUCAGAAUAAAUUAAUAAAUGACAUUAGCCAGGUGCUAGCAGAAAAAGAGGCUUCUGUUUUGGAUCCUACUAAUCUUGUGAAAACCCUAAGAGAGGAACUAAAAAUAAAUGAAGAAAAGUCACAGUUAAUUUCUCAACUUCAUAGUCAAAGAAAUGAACUGAACCAAGAAAUUCAAAAGUUAAAAGAACUAGCCCAGGAAAAAGAAAACAUUUUCUUAACUUUGCAGGGCAAAUUUGAUGCUCUGUAUGAACAAAAAAAUGAACUCAGUGCUUCCCUGAGUAAAAAAGAAGAGAUUUUCACUGGGUUUCUUAAAGAUAUCGGUGUUCAACUAUCAGAAAGCAAUGUUCAGGCUCUUACCAAUGAUACUGAGCUACUUAGAGAAGAGCUAGAUAAAAGUGCUGCUACACUAAAAAAGCUUUUGCAAGAGAAGGAUGGAAGCAUUGCCAGUAGCCAGAUGAAAAUUGACUCUUUGAUAGUAGAAAUUGAAUCUGCAAAAUCAGAGCACCAUAAAGCAUUAGAACAAGUUGAGCUGUGGAAGCAAAAUAUUCAAGAGAGAGAGAGAGCUCUACAGGUUGUACAGGAAAAAUGCACUGAACAGGCUAAUCAUAUUGAAUAUUUAAAUUCUGAGGUCAUAGAAAAAUUGCAACAACAAAUAGAUUCUUUAAUAAAUGAUAAAGCUCUUUUACAAGAGAACUUUGAUAAACUGAAUCUGGAAAACAAAGACUUGGUUAAGUACCAGAAGCAAUUAGAGAAAAAAUCUGAAGAGCUAAAAGAACUUCAUGAAAAAUUAGAAGCCAGUGAGAACAGAUGGGUAGCAGAACAUGCUAGGGCAACUCAGCAAAAUGAUGUUAAUCUUGAGCAACUGAGUAAUUUAGAAAGGAAACUGAAAUCAAAAGAGGAUCAAAUUCAAUCUUUGCAUCAAGAACAGGACAUUAUUCAAACAGAGUUGGCCAAACAUCUGUCUGCAUUGUCAAGUAGUAGGUACUUCCUCAAAGACAGUGACAGUGACGCUGGUCAGCAAGUAGCUAAGACUGUAUUGGAAAAAUUCUCUGCUGUGAUAGAUACUAUUAUCAGCAAAGAAGCUGAAGCAAUGGCACUGCAGCAGACUAUUUUAGAGAGAGAGAAAGAAGUACAUCACCUGAAUAAUCAGCUAGAAAGCAUGUUGUCCUUGAAGGAAGAGAAAGAGUUGAUGCAGAAUGACUUUAAAAAGGCCAAAGCUGCUGACCAAUCUGAGAUUGAACAUCUGUUAAAUGAACUGAGUACUGCUAAGGAUGCAUUACGUAGGCAGCAAUCUGUCUGUGAAGAAAAGGACAUUGCAUUAUCAAACAUGAGGAAGGAGGUGGUUUUCCUCCAGGAGAAGACAGAUAAAUUAGAAAAAGAGCUUGAAAGUAGUUGCAAGACACUGAACACCGAAUGUCAAAAAGCAGCAAAACUUUUAGAAGAAAUAGAGCAUAAAAACCAGAUGAUAGAAAACUUUAGUUCCCAAACUAACCAACAGAAGGAUUUAAUUACUUCUCUAAGCCAGCAGUUAAAAGAAAAGGAUUGCUCAGUUUCUCAAGUCAUGGAAUCCAUGUCUAAUGAAAUGGUAAAAUUCUCUGAGGAAAAAAAUGUGCUUGCUAUCGAAUUGCAACAACUAGAAGCCAUAAGGAAGAGCAUGACAGAAGAGGUAAGUACAUUAUCACAGCAGGUAGAAGAAUAUAAGAAAGAACUUGAACUCAGUCAAGUUGUGUUGACCAACAAAGAAGCUACCAUAAAAGACUUAGUGUGUGAGAAGGCGCAGCUAAAUAUUACUUUGGAAAAAAUAAAUCAAGAAAAAGAGAAUCUGAAAAAGAAACUUCAAGCAGCUUUGCUAAUAAGGAAGGACUUAAUUCAGAAAAAUGAGAAGCUUGAUAAAAAGACAGAAUGUUUUCUGGAGCAAAUUGAUGACUUAGUAAAGCAGGUUGAAAAUGCUGAAGCUCACAACAAAGAUCUCGAAUCCCAACUUGAAGGACUGAAGACACAAUUGUUAGAAAAAGAUGUGAAGAUAAAUGACAUGAGUGAAACCUUAUCAGCCAAGGCAGAACACUUGGAGCAGCUGGAGAAAGCAGUUACAGAAUUCAAAGCUGCUAUAGCUGAACAAAAAAGUAUGUCUGAUAAGAACUUGAUCCAUCUUCAAGAGAAGGAUUGUCUGCUUGCACAAAUGGAGUCUGUGCUGAAUGAGAGAGAUCAAAUACAUAGAGAGGAACGUUCACAACUUUUCUUAACCAUAGAAAAUCUCAAAGGUGAAAUAGCAAAGAGAGAUGAAACAUUCAAGGAAACGAAUGGGUCGGAAGCUACCCUAAAUACCGAAAGUUCCUGUAGUAACAAAACACACCAACCUAAUGAAAUGAAUCCAGUCACUGAGCUGCAGAAAGACAAGGAAAUCCUGCAAAAGAAACUUAAGGCACUGCUUGUGGUCCGCAAAGAAAGCACUAAACAAAUUCAGAAGCAAAAAGAAGAACUUGCUAAGCUACGAGGAGAUUUUAAUGAACUAACAAAAGACUUUGAGCUCAUUAAAAAAGAAAAGCAAGCACUCCAGGAGAUUCAUCAGAGAAAGUGUGAAGAAUUUGACUCCAAUUUAUUGCUUUUAUACUCUCUGCAGAAAAAGUUGGACACCGAUACAUCUCUUAGGUACAGUGAAAAUGCUCAGCAGAAAACAUUAGAGUCCGGGGAGCUAAAUGUGAAGGCUGAUGUCAGGGUUGAAAAAUCAGGAAAGACGGUAAGUAUGAUGACAAUGGAAGAGUCUGAGAUGGCGAAACUUCAUGAGAACUAUGCUAGACUUAUGGAAGAAAAAGAAAAGUUUAAGGAAGAGUUAAAAGAGAAGUCACUUGAACUUGGUAGCGUACAGCAAGAAGCAGUAAAACUGAAGAUUUCUGUUGAGCAACAGGAACAGCAGUAUAAACAAGAGAGAGACAAUAUGUUGAUUGAACAAGGUCUGCUAAAGCAACAACUAGAAUCAUAUAAAAAUGAAUUGCAAGCUGUUAAAACUAUGGUUGAAACUCUGAAUAAUGAAAAGAGUCAGCUCCACAGAAAACAUGAAGAUCACCUAACAAGUCUGAAAGAAACUGAAAGACAUCCCAGUGAAGAAAACAAGCAACUAUUGAUGGAAUUCAAUAUGCUGCGUGAGAAGGUUUUGCCAGUUUCUAGUGCAUACAAAAAUGUGGCAGGUGUAAGAGAGGACGCAAAAACUCUGUGGCCGCAUUCUGAUAAUGUGCUGGAGAACAGUGUUCAAGGCCAGGAUUUCUGUAGUUCAUUGGAAGAUGUCACUUGCACAGAAAGAGAAUCGCUAGAUGUCACUAAUACAGGAAUAAAAACAUUAACUGAAAGAAUAGGUGAUCAAGAUCCUCUACCAACAGAAAUGUCUCGGGAACGGAUAGAAGAAAAUGUAAAUGGCAGAAGCUAUCAACCUCAACUGCAGAAGUAUGAUGCUGAAGAGAAAAACAGGGAACGUCUCCAAAGAAAGCUCCAAGCUGCUUUAAUAUCACGUAAAGAAGCAUUGAAGGAAAACAAAACUCUUAAAGAUCAAAUGGAGUUACUAGUUUUGGAAAACAAAGAGUUGGUUGGUAAGGUUCACACCCUUGGACAGCUGAGGUCUGAGUUGGGUAGAGAAAAACAAAACUUGAGUACUGCACUGUAUAAAGAGGAGACUCUUGUGGCAGAAAAUGCUAGAUUGUUAAUUGAAAAUGAAAACCUAACUGCUGCGUGUGAGAGUCUGAAGUCUACCAUGCAGACCAUAGGGCAAGAGAAGGAAGCUUUUUCUUUUCAAUUGAAUUCCUUAAAAGAUUCUCAGACAGUUGAAUUAACAGGUUGGAAAGCUAAACACAGUGAAUUAAAGCAAGAGUAUGAGUCUCUGCUUCAGGCCUAUGAGAAUAUUAGUAGUAAAAUAGCAGAAAUGAGGCACAUUAUUGAUGUCACUAGAAAAGAAAAGCAGGAAGCUCUUCACAGAGUAAAUGAGAGAGAAGCUGACACACAUAAACUUAAGGAGCUGCUUCAAAAAGCAGCUGAUGAAAGUGUACAACUGAAACAGCUGACUGAAGCUAAACAGAAGGAAAUAAGUGAGCUAAAGAUUGCAGCUGAAAAGCAAGCAUCUGAGCACAAGUUGUGCUUGGAAGACUAUCAAAGAAAAAUUGAUGAAUCUGUUUUUCAGAGCAAGCAGCUAAUGGAGGAAAAUAAGCAAUUAAAGGAAGUUUCUGAAAUUUUAAAGCAAACCUUGGAGAAAACAGAGAAGGAAAAUGAGGAGCUUUCUAAGGAUUUUAGUCUAACAAAAUCUGCUCUCGGGGACCUCCAAACACGGUUGGAAUUGAACAAGUGUGAUGUGCAGUCCAAGAUAAGUGAUUCCCUCUGUGAAAGAGAGUCGUUAUUAAAACACAUUCAUUUGUUAAAUGAGGGGAUUUCAGAAAAAGAGAAAAGCAUGUUGAUCUUAAAGCAAGAGAACAAAACUUUGUCAGAAAGGUUGAAAGAUGCUGAAAAAUCUCUGCAUCAGAAGGAAAGCUCUUUAUUAAAGUUGGAAAACAAUUGUAAAAAUCUUAAUCAGGAAAUAGUCAGUCUUGGUGAAAGAAUUAAAAUAUUAGAGGAUGAUAAAUGUCUCUUACAAGAAGAAUUAGAAAAUGUUCAAGAAAUAUCUUAUAAAGUAAAAAAUGAGAGAGAAUUUUUGGAGACAGAGUUGCUCAACCACAUCAAAAAAUUGGAUCAAACAACAGACAGACUGAAAGCCACACAGAUGCAAAACAGCCUCCUUGUAGAGCAGUUGGAAAAUUUGAAAGCAGAGAAAUGCAACACAAUAAGAGAAAAAGAAGAACAGCAGCAUCUGGUCAGAGUAUUUGAAGAAAAACUGAAAACUGCUCAGAGAGACAAUCAUGAGACAAAAAACAAAACUAAAGAGUUGCAAGAACUUUUGAGGGGAAAACAACAGGAGAUCAACCAGUUGCAAAAGGAUUCUAUUAAAUACCAGGAGAUGAUAUUGGACUUGGAAAAAUCUGUGAAACUGUCACAUUCAGAAAGUGAAAAAAUUGAGAAAGAUUUAAACAGUGCAGAAGGAAAGCUUGCAAAAUCAAAUGAAGACCUGCAGAAGCUAACUGAAAAACUCUGUUUACAGAAUAUCUCACUGUAUGAGUCAAAGGCUGAAAUAGAGCGACUUGCAAAGGACAACCUACGUAGUAAAAAUGAACUUAAAAAGAAAGAAAACAGAAUAUCAAAUCGAAAGAGAGAAUUUGAGAGCCAAUUGGAGUUCAGCCUUCAGCAGGUAAAAGCAGCUUGCCUCGUUUCCUCAUAAGGGGAUCAGGGAGCUUUUUCUGGCAGUGACACUGGAAGUAUUAAGAGAAGCAUGGGCAGCAAAGUGUGGAUCAUUAGCAAGCAGGGAGCCAACUUCAUUGGCAGAGAAGGUAUCCUUUGUCUUGUCCUGCCAGAGUUGUGAUGAGAGGAACAGAACCUCCUGUGUGAUGAGUAGAUUUACUUUGUGGGAUGCUGGAGCCAAUGGGAUGGGCUAUGUCCUCAUCACGUGAGGAGCAAAGAGUUGUGUGAAGCAAGCUGGACUCCUGAGUUUUUUCCUCCUGCCUGACGCAGCAGUCAUUCGUCCUGGCUCUCCUUUUUCGUCAGAUAAGUCUAUCUUGUUUCAUCUCAUCUUCACCUCCUUGUCAUUUUCUCUAGAUUUCUGUCUUUAACAAACAAACGAACAAACAAACAAACAAACAAACAAACAAACACAAACUUCUCCUCAAAACUCUCAUUUAAAGUCUUUUGGUGGCUAUCACCACAGCUAGACGAGUGUCAUAACUUUCUGCUCUUUUGACAGCUUGACAUGUGUUUUUCAUAAAGACAAGGUGGUUUUAUGUAUAGUUUCUUCCUUCCUUCAGUACUCUCUAGAUUUCAUGUUCAACAAGAACUGGUUUUACCAAUCUUUUGUCCUAACGCUAAAUAUCCCAGGGGAAAAGCAUGACAUUCCUUGGACGCAUGCAGAGCUCUGAAAGUAUACAUUCAUUGGACAAAGGCUUUCCAAAAAAUAGACUCUGUAUUUUUAUCCUUUCACCCAUCGUCCUUGGGGGUUAGGGUCAGCAGUGCUACUUUGGUGAGGUGGAUUAGAGCCUAUAUUUUCCUUGCUUAUGAUUCCUUCAAAUUGCCCCAGCCAACUCAGGUGCUUCUGCACUCAACAAGGUCAGCUUCCACCUCUGCAGCCUUCAUGGCUAACACACCCUUGCUGGAUAUCUGUAAAGCCUUCGCCUGGUCGUCCACCACCACUUUUAGUAAAGGUAAAGGUACCCCUGCCCGUACGGGCCAGUCGUGUCCGACUCUGGGGUUGCGCGCCCAUCUCGCUUAAGAGGCCGGGGACCAGCGCUGUCCGGGUCAUGUGGCCAGCGGGACAAGCUGCAUCUGGCGAGCCAGCGCAGCACAUGGAAAUGCCGUUUACCUUCCCACUAGUAAGUGGUCCCUAUUUAUCUACUUGCACCCGGGGGCGCUUUCGACGCUUGAUCUUAGCCAAAAGGCCGAGAAGCGAUCGCUUUCGAACUGCUAGGUUGGCAGGCGCUGGGACCGAGCAACGGGAGCGCACCCCACCGCGGGGAUUCGAACCGCCGACCUGACGAUCGGCAAGUCCUAGGUGCUGAGGUUUUACCCACAGCGCCACCCGCGUCCCCCACCACUUUUACCAGACAUUAUAAACUGGACUGAUUGUCUGCAGCUGAGGCAGUCUUUGGCCAUACUGUUCUCCAUCAGGUUUUACAACCGGUGCAUCUUCAGAUCUGGGACCCACCCAUUUUCUGUUCAUCUGUUGUGGUAUGUCCCAUCCUAUUGGCUCCUGCAUCCCACGAAGUAAAUAGAACAAUUGGUCUUACUUGAAGUGUGGAUUUGCUGGUAGGGAUGCUGGAGCCAAGGGAGAUUUCCGAUGCACUUUACUGAAGAUAUAGUCUAUUGAUAAUAAUUUCCUUGCCUUUCAGAUACCUAGUACAUUUCUUCCUUUAGAUUUUUGAGCAGAAGUAGGCAGACCUUUUAUUUCAGUGACUCCAUCAGUGUUUGCCUCUUGGCAAAUCCGGAAAACUGAGGAGUCCAGCCUGCUUCACACAAUUCUUUGCUCCUGCCUAGCGUCACAUGACGAGCCCAUCCCAUUGGCUCCAGCAUCCCUACUCGCAAAUCUACACUUCAGGUAAUACCAAUUGUUUUAUAUAUCUGUGCCCCAGAGGUUUUCUGAGGCUUAGAUAUGUUGAUCCGAGGUCCGUGAGUAGGUUGGAGUCCCCUCCCUUCUUUGCACUUAAUUAGAAAUAAAUGCAAGAAGAAACAUGUUUUGUCCUGGCUAAGAAAAAAGCCUAAUUUUCCAGCCAGAAUUUGCAAGAAAAAUUGUUUUCAAAACAAUGGAAUGCAAUGGAAAUAUAGAAGUUCCACUUAACAUUACCAACUUCUGUAUCAUUUUUAAUUAUUUUGUCUAAGGGAUUGGAAAUGGUUGCUCUUAAUUAAUCUCAUCAAUAGUUGCUUGUUUUCUUCACUGACAUGUGUUAAUGUCUCUUUCAUAUUGAAUAAUUCUAUAUUUGCUUAUGAAUUCCUCUCUCUCGUCUCAUAUCUUCCAACACAAUUUUAAAAUGCUUUGCUUCUUCUUGACUUUUGAUUUUUCUUGACUUUUUGGCAAACUUGGUUGUUAAUUGUGAAAAUUCUUUUAUUAUUUCCUUUCCAUGAUCAAACUUGCCUGGGGAGUUGUCCUACCACAAAAUCCAAUUUAAUCAAUUUCUGAGGACUAUAUAUUGUGGGACUGCUUUUUGCUUUUUCCCCUGAAGAGAUGUAUCAGUGUCCAACCUUUUCUGCAGAGAGUAUAAAAGCAAUAAAUUGGAGUCAGAUUCUUCACACUUUCUCUGAUGAAUCUCCUGGAGUGCUUUCUUUUCUUUUUUAAUGAGCUUCUCUUUUAAAGGCAAGGAUGAAAGACAGCAGCACUCUCAAUCCAGACUUUCUUUUGGGUUCUUGAGGAGGGGAAAAAGCAACCAUAACAGUCAUACCUUGGAUCUCAAAUGCCUUGGGUCCUGAACAAAUUGGCUCCUGAACAAUCGAAACCCAGAAGUGAGUGUUCCGGGUUUUAAACGAUUUUUGGAAGUUGAACGUCCGGUGUGGCUUCCGCGGCUUCCUAUUGGCUGCAGGAACUUCCUGCAGCCAAUCAGAAGCCACACUUUGGUUUCCGAAAGUUUUGGAAACUUCCGGAAUGGAUUCUGUUCGACUUCCAAGGUACGACUGUAUUGGCAAAUGGUAGGUCAGGGGCAGACACCAGCAGAAAUAGUUGUGUGUUGUUUUAGGACAGUAGUUCUCAAACUUUUUUUAUCUGGGCCACAAAUAGUUCUGUGUUGUUUUAGGACUUUUUUUAUCUGGGCCACACUUUCAGAUUAAAAUUUGCUUGUGCCACUCCAAUUUUUUUUUUAUUCGUAAGAAAUAUAUUGGAAAACCAAAAGAAACAGCUAGCAGUGCUUGAUUUAUGACAUAAAACACAGCUACUUUAUAUUAUUAUUAUUAUUAUUAUUAUUAUUAUUAUUAUUAUUAUAACUUAUUGACCGCACUAUACCCAGAGGUCUCAGGGCGGUUCACAGAAUAAAAUGUGAUCAUAGGACACCCAAAAAGUAUAAAGCAACGCAGCUACAUAAGAACAUGAAUCAACCUCAAAAUAGAAUUAUAAACGAGCCCCUUACAUAAGUACCUUAAGUAUGUGUACAAACUCAAUGAGAGGUGUGAACUUGGUUUUGCCCGGUAAUCUCAUUUAUUUUAUAUUAUAUUAUAUUAUAUUAUAUUAUAUUAUAUUAUAUUAUAUUAUUAUAUUAUAUUAUAUUAUAUUAUAUUAUAUUUUAUAUUUUUGAGACAAAUUCCAUAUCUAACCAAAUUCUGCAUUUUAAAAAAAUUGAUAUUCUACUAAACAAUAGUUUCCUACACUGAAACGUUUAAAUGUUUCUUUGAUUGCCCUUGAAUCUUCCUGCCACACUUAUCAUUCUUUCCUGCACCACACCCUUUGAGAAACAUUGUUUUACGAGAUUGAUCUGUUCUCAAGUCUUCUCAGGGUACAAGAAAACUCAUGAGGUUUGCCUAGUGCUGCGAACCACAUUUUCUUCACACUGGUAUACUGUCUUAGGUCUUGUUAACAGCUCUGCUUUCCACGGUCCAGGCUGACAGAGGUUUCCACCUUUAAGAAGGACAUUCAGGUCUGCUGACAGAGAUUUCCGCUCUUAAGAAAGACAUUCAGGUCUGAUUAAACCAGGAACCAGUUUCUUAUCCAAAGUUUGCUUUCACUCCACUCCAUAGUUCUUCAGAGCUAUCACUUCUGUCAUGCACCCAGUUUCUCCCCUGCGUUCCAGAAGUCUUCCUAACAAUUGUGGGCAUGCAUCCUUCCUACUUUAAUUAUUCAUUUUGGAAUUAAUAUAAACAUGGAAGUGUUUGCAUACAGUACUAUAUUGUGAAAUCACUUAACGGUACUAGACAAUCUUUUGAUUUUAUGAAGUUUCCACAUAAGCAGCAUAUCCCUAUUGCUCUGUUUAGGGUGAGACUCAAGCAGAAUUCCCUCCAGGAGCUCCUCAAGAAAGAGCUGAAGUCAUUGAAAUGGACAGCAUGGACUUCGUUGAAAUCAACGGAAGGUCAGAAUUAUUUCUACUCAUUUGUAAAGUAUGCUUUAUUAACUGGUCUUAAACCUAGAGCUCAUUUCUCUUGAUAAGAUGUAAGAUUAUGAUAUCAUAAAUUUUAACCACCUAAGAUGAAUAAUUACUGUACAAUAAUCCAAUAGGAACAAACUACUACAUAAAGCAAACUAGUUUUGCUUUGCAUUAUUUUUUUUCCUCCUUUGGAAUUUGGGUUUGUUCUAGGCUUGCACAGAGGCAAGAACCAACUUUAUUGGAAUUAAUGGGGACUCUCUCAGAAGAGAGGAAUAGACGGGAAGCUGCGGAAGAGGCCCUCGGGCUCUUGGAAGAACAAAUUAAAAGGUAGCAACACGUGUGAAAGGUAUUUGGGGCUGAUCUCGAACUGUGCUGAUAUUGGUAGGCCACAAACAGGCAACCUGUAAUGUGCCCAUGCAUGCGACCUUUGGUCACUCUCAUUGCAGCCCACCAAACUCUCAGGGGACCUGGCCCCGCUUUAUUCAGUGUACAGAUGGUCAACUGUCAGACUGGUUCAUGGGAAAGAUUGCUGGCUGCAUCAGGAAUGCUGGGGGCAGGGUGAAGUUAAAACCUUCCUCCCCCACAGUGAUCCCCAUCCCCAUUUAUGAAUAUUACUGUCCUGUUUUAACCUCCCCACAACACUGUCCUGUUUUAACCUCCCCACAACACUCCAGAUGCAGCCCAGGACAUCAGUCUUCUUCAUGAACCUGGCUGAUGGUUCAUCAGUAGGGCUUCCUUUGUCCACUGCAGCCAAUGUCAUGGCCCCACACUGCAGACCUGACCACCCAGCUAAUCAGAUGGGUCAAUAGCAGAUAGUGAAGGACUGUAUCUGAGAGAAAAUAGGAACUGAGCUGGGAAGAGGGGAGAAUGGAUGCAAGAACGGCUGUCUGAGAGCAUGAAUUUUGGUAUGAAUGAAUGUGUCCGUGUGUUAAACUCACAUGCUGGGGAGGCCUGGCCAGAUAGGUGGGGUAUAAGUAAUAAAUUAGUAUUCUUUAUUAGAGAGAUGUAUAGUGUGUGUGUGUGUGUGUGUGUGUGUGAUAAGUAUAUGUGUGCUUUUCAUGUUCCUGCCCACCACCAGUGCUGGCCAAGCCCAACAGCAUCCCUAAACACUGAUUGCAUUGGAGCAAUUUAUCAAUAAGACUCAAUAAGUGCUCCAUAUUUGACAUAUACAUCUCAUACAUCUAUUGCUGUAGAUUGAAUGGCGUCUCCAGACCUAGGCAGAAUAAUCCGUCCUCUCCCCCCUGCUGUUCUUAAGGUUCUCAUGGGUCCACUGAACCAAUUCCAUGGGGUGGGAGUGGGGAGAGUGGGGAAUCCCUGUUGUGCAAGCAGGGGUCCUUGUGCAGGGCUUCCACUGAAUCCUGCCCUAUAUAUUACAGUAUACCCCAUCCAUGUAUAUGCUUAUGAACAUGAUGCAAGCAGCAUGGGCUUCAAAGCCAGUUACUUGCUGUUUCCAGAAUAAAGGUUACUACUCCAAUAAUAAAGGAGUGUUAAUAAAAUUGUAAUGAAAUUACCUAUUCCAUUUAACUACAGGAUCUGACUCAGUUCAGAUGAACCAGGUUCCUUAAAAGGGCUGAUAUCCCAAGUUAAAAUUCAAAGAAUGAUCAGCAUAGAUAAAUAGCAGUUUAAAAGUGUCCUGAAUCUGAUAAGCCUUUUGCAUUUCUUUUUUUAGGCUUGAACUGAUUGAUUCCAGGUCAGCAUCUGAACAAUGUGCUUUUCAGGUAGAAGAAGAGGAAAGGCAGCCUUUCAUCAUCAACGCUAGUGAACUUACGGUAGUACGUAAGGUAAGCCUAUAAAUCUUAAAAGUAAAUCUGAUACAUUAUUUUCUUUAAUGUGGAUGACUAAUACCAAAUUGUAAGUCAUUUAUUUUCAAAAGGGUUUUCGCUGAAAUACUGGUGUUAACCUUUAAAAUACCUGAAUAUUAAAAUUGUUUCCAGCAAUUGAAUUAGAGAGCAGUACAACUUUUUUUUAAAAAAAAAAAACCCCAGAACACUUCUCCAUUAGUUUGCUAAGGCUUAAGAUGUAUAUAUUUUUGCCCUAUGUAAGUGAUUCUGCCCUUGUCACAUCAGCAGGCAAUGUUAAUGGGCACAACGAAACAUUCUUAUCAUCAAGAUAAGGCUUGUGUUGAUUGGUUGGUUGGCCAAACAUAAAAAUGUUUGUGUAUGGGAAGGUGAGCUAUUAUGGUAUCAAAGAUACAGAUAUUAAAUUGGAGCAUGUUUCUGUUCUGAUUCCAAAUUACAUAGGUUGCUAUCCUAUUCCUACUUCACUGUGCUCUACCGCAUAAGUAGAUAGAAAGUACGGUACUUUUACAUGCACAGAGGUACAGGUCUGGUGGUGGCCCAUUGAGUGUCAUUGGGUGUUCCUCCAGAGGGCACCAAACCUUAGAGGAAUCUUUUUUGAGGCCAUGGGGCACUGACGCUGAAAGGAGAUAAUUUUAAAGCCCUCAUGUGCAAGUACUCGACCACUCAUGGCUCUUCAGAUCACCCCCUAAUACAUGUCUAUUUUCCCUCUGCAAAUCAGGGUGGCCAAAAAAAGAGAAAGCCUUAGAAAGCUUGCUUUCCCCUUGGUGAUGGGGGUGGGGUGGGGAAUGGGGUGUGGGCAGAUAGGAAGAGUAUUCGAUCAUAGCUGAAGUAAUUUGGAAAAUCCUUCACUGUGAAAUUAGGGGGUGGGAAUACUAGAUUUCCCCAUAUUUGUAAUGGUAGCACACCUCAAUUUUGGGAAAUUUAGAUUCCCAGAUUGUUACUGGACCACAUGCUAUCUGUUCUCCUUCCCUCAGUAAUGAUAUCUUAGAAGUGGGCCUUGCUGUGGCAGCACUGACCUUCUGGGAAGCUCUUUCUUUUGCAGUAUAGGAGUCUGCAAAUGUGAUGAGCUUCAGAUGACAACUGAAGACUCAGCUGUUCUGAUAGGCUUUUCCUGGCCUAUCAGAUGUCUUUAAAGUGUCUGCUUUGGGGUUGUUUUGCCUUUCUAGGAUUAGGGUAUUUCAGUAUUGUAUUUAUUUUAUAGAUUUAUAUCCCAAAAGAGUCUUUGAGUGUUUAACAAAAGAUGUAGUUGUAAUCUUUUGUAAACUGGUUAGUUAGAUACUGUUUUGGUACAUAACUAUAUGAAAUAUAAAUAAAUGCAACAGUUGCUAUAGGAACUCCAUGGAAAACAAAUGAUCCACACCUGGGCUCUUAAAAAUUGAAAAGCAUUUAUUACACAAGAUGUCAGUCAUUAUAUAUAUCGGUCUCUACACCACUGCUCCACAUUACAAAGUGGUUGCUGGAGAAUCAUCAAGGUUCAUAAUAUGAUGCUAAGUUGUUGUGUUGUAAAUACUUCAGUAUCUUAUGGCAUAGAUGUGGAUCACUUGCAAUUGAAAGCAAUAAAGACCCUACACAACAUACCUAUGACACACUUUUUUCUCAUUUAAUUCCACCUUUUGUGUUUAUUUUUGUGGGUUUGAUUGGAAAGCAUGAAUACCCAAUGCUAAUACGAUCAAAUGCUUCUUUUCUAAACAGGUAAAAAGAGGAGCCCUUUCUUUCAGGAGAUGGAUUCGGGGACAAAGACUUUGCCGCUCCCAAUUGCUGACUUGCAGGGCAAAAUCUCGCUAUUUCUUUCUCAGUUACUUAGUGGCCCUGCAUCUUUUUGUUUUCUUGCGUCUCACAGGCAUCUUAUAA